GGUCAGAGGGAGAGAAGGAGGGAGGGGAGAGGUAACGGGAACCGAGAGAGAAGCAUCCUGGCGAGCUGGUGCCCCUGAAAACAACAGCGGAGCCCACCAUCUGCAGCAGCAGCUCCUCCUGCUUCCAAGCCGAGAGACCAGGCCACAUCCUUGCCGCCUGCAGAAAGCCGCCGCGAUGGGAGUGGAAGGCUGCACCAAGUGCAUCAAAUACCUCCUCUUCGUCUUCAAUUUCGUCUUCUGGGUGAGUCGCUUCGGCCGCCUUCGUCCCUCGCGCGUGGCCGCCGGCGGUGGCGAGGGCUGAGCCGGGCGCUUGUGUGCUGCUUUGGGCUUAUCUCCCUUCCCGUGGCGGCGCCGCCUCCCUCCCGAUUCCCACCAAGAACAAGCGAGCAGCCUCGCCAUGGAGCCCGCGCGGAUCUUCUUUUUCCCCUGGCGCGCGCGAGGCGAGGAGGGAAGGAGCAGCGCUCGCUUUCCCGGCUGCCCACCUGACUGCGUCGGGGUCCCCCCCCUCUCCUCCGUCGUGAGGCUGGGACCGAGGGGAUGUAAACAGCCACGAUGUUUGGGUUUGGAGAGGAGGAGGCGGCGGCGGCUCUCCUUUGGGCGAAAGCAAAUCAAAGCGUCAAAUAACAUAGGAUCGCGCGCCAGAACCGCGUUAAAGCAUCUAGGCGUCCCCUUUACAAGCAGUUCUGGUGGGGUGGAAAAGAGGGGCUGGGCAUCACGGGCACUUCCUGGCACAGCCUCCAUUCUCCCAAACCGGCCAAAUAUACAGAUACCAAACCUUGCCAGGGUUUUGACUAGGUGUGCGGUUUUGUAACGGCUGCUUUCACUUCUUCUAAAGUUCUGCUCGAUCAAUCAACUUUAAAGUUAACGGGAGGGGGGAGGAAGAGAGAGGGGCCGACAGUGCCUUUUUGGUUGUUGUGCAAGCCGAGUGUGACACACCGACGCCCGAGUCCAGACAGCAAGAGAAUGGUUGGCUAGUCUGAGGCGCUGAAAGUACAGUAUUUGAAUAAAUCUGGGCAUUAGAAGUGCAUGCAAAUUUCACCCUAGCAAAUGUUUAUGGGCGAUGGGGGAGCAUUAGUUUCCUGUCUGGUAAACAGCUUUGGGAAACAAUGACAACAACUUGCAUCCGGUGUGAUUUUGGGGGAGGGGAGCUAUAAAGUUUUGGGUUGUUUUUUUGUGCCCCAAAAUGGCUUUCAAAAACCCCACUAAUCUUAUAUUCUCUCAUGCACAUAGCGGAUUCUGAAAGCGAUACUUCUCAACUUGAGGCAGUUCUUUUAAAGGGGGCCGGGGGUGGGGUGGGGAAGUGUCAUGGGUGUGGGAGAAGGCACUAAAAAUAUUUGUGGGAAAUAAGGAUGUUUUAAAAUGGAUGACUUGCAGUGCCUUUCAGAAUGCCUCUCAUGAUCUCAUCUUUCCUUCUUGGCUGCAGAAUUUUGCACCGACCACACCCCAAAUCUCAGAAGAAUUUAGGCUUCUCUUGGGUUCCUGUGGCUUUGAGCUAAGAAGGGUUUCAAAUCUGCUUAUACCAUAUUUGAUAGACAUUGGAAGUUGAGUUGUACAAAUCUGAAGGUUGCUGUUUACUUUACAAAAAGUAAAGUAUUAACCCUGAAGGAAAAGGAAAUCCUUGGGGACAGGGUUGCUAAUUUGGGGACUCCUAACAACUCCCAACGUUUUUUGCCAGUGGGAGCCCUAAUGGAGUUUAUUCCAGCCAUGCAUAUGAAACAUAUUUUUGGUUGAACACUUGUAUGACUGAUAUCCCCACCAUCAUAGUUGCUAGCAUCAGUGAUUAAAAAGCCCCAGGACCCACACAUUUUAAAGAAUAUUUUUCUAUAGGGAAAGUAUUAGCUUGGAGAAGCAUUGCUAAACCUAACUGUCAUCCCCACCACUCUUUAAUGCCCUGUAGCAUUGCUGCCAUGCACCACUGCUCACAACCCAGCCAUCAAACCGCCAGGUUAACUUCAGCCACCUUUUGGAUGAUGUCAUUGAAUUAAUCGAAUGAUAACAGCCUUGAACUGUAGUUGAGCAAACAGGCUCAUAUCUCUUGUGUCUGCAGUGUGCUCAUAUAAGGGCACUGUGCUUGCUCUCUCUUUUAAUGGAAAGGCUUGGAAGGUACAGAACAAAAUUGUCUCCCUGUUGUUUACACAGAUAUUUAAGGUAUAACCCUAUGCUCUGUUACCCGAGAGGAAGAAACACUGAACUUAAUGGGACUGUCUUCCGAGUAAAGCUGCAUAGAAUUCUGCUGUUGGCAUGCAUUUGGUAGUGAUUUUCUGGGUCAUUUUGUCCUGCAGCUCUUACAGACUUAAAGAGAUUAACUAUUAAGCAACCCCUUUGUGCUCUUCAUGCUAGAAUUACCAUUAUAUCCCAAAUGUGCCAUGCUCCCUAAACCUAUGGCCACUGCUAUCCACUGGACUGUGAAGAGAAAAAGGAGUUGGGGAGAGGAAAGAGAAGUCUGGCUAGAUCACAGCUGCCCUGGUCUGAGGCUCAUAGUAAUUCUGGCUCUACAGGUACCUGCCCCAGGGCUGCAUCACUUAAGCAGAAGACUUGAAACCUCAUUGAGAAGAAAUCUAUGGCAUACAUUUUUCAAAGUAUCAUAUAUGUAUUGUGCAGCCAACAUCACUGCCUUCUUUCCCAACUACUGUUUAUAGACGGAUUAGUUAACUCUCUUGGCACACAAUGGGAGAUUUGUCUAAGAAUCUAUUGUUUAGUGAUUUGUUGGUGAUGUAUAACUGUGGUGUACUUCAUUUUCCAGUAGUGGAUUUAUUAGGAUUUGCAAAUGUUUUGAUUGCAUUGCUUGCCUGUAAACCUAUUACUCUGAGCUGAGCCCUUGCACUUUGAAUCCUUCUAGAAAUACAUAGAAGUUUAAUAAUAUAUGUUAUCUUAUGAUUCCAAACAUUUUUGAGAAUGCUUUUUUAUAGCAUAGCUGCACAUAGCACUAAUUUAAUAUGUGUCCCUUUGACUGGAAAGAAUUCAAAGAAUGCUUUUAUUUUUCUAUCUGGCUAAGAACAGCUCUCUCCUGCAAGGUGCUUCCCUGCUACCAUAUAUAAUUCCUACUGACCACCUCUGACAAAUAUAAUGCACAAACUUGUUCCUACAUUGAUAUAUUUUGCUGUGGUGGGCUUUUUUGUUUUUUAAAAAAAUAGUGCUUAAAAUGAUAAAAAAAAUUAAGUAGUUUACAUAAAAACACAACAGAAUCCAUUGCCACCACGAUUUCAGAAAUUGCAGUGAGAGUGUACACAGAUGACGGUAGGUACAAAGGGUCAGCCAUACAGCCCUGCAUCUGAAGAUGGACACAGAAGGACAACUUGGCCAGCUUCCUUUGGUGAACCUCCCUUAGCUAUCCUUAUGGAAGCUCAAUUUUGUUAUGACUAGGGAAAGCUCAUUGUGACAAGGUUUUCAAAGCUCAUCGUCCUGGCUGUGAGAACAUGAUAAGAACUCAGGGGAGUGAAUUAAAAUAAUAGUCUGCACCUGCAUCCAAAGCAUGAUACGUGCUAUAAAUUCAGACCAUUCCAUUGGCAAUAACCCUCCCAUGGGAAUGAAGAAACAUAGCAUCUCUAACUGUGUUCUGUGUCCCCCCCCUUACUCCUUAUCUUGAGGGCCUUUUCUUACCUUUUGUCUUAAACUUCCUGUUGUUGUAGUCGAACACUGUGCUAAGAAUACAGAGCUCUAUGGAAGUGUUGAAAUUUAGCAGGAAGGAUAUAUAAGCUAUUGGGCACCCCAUCUGUUCAUGUCAGUCUUUUGUCAUGUUGAAAACAGUGUUCAAAACUCCCAUUGUUCUAGGCGCAUUUUGCGACAGGGAAUUUAAUUAGCGCAAGCAGUUUCUGAUCUUUGGGCGCAGUACUCCUCCUAAAUUUCAGAUUAAAACUGCAGAGUGGAAGGAAAGGAGGAGCUUUUUUUGCCUUCUCAUUUCCAGCUACUCUCUGAAGACUGGAGAAAAGACCCUCUUAAGAAUCUUAGGGGGGUGGGCAGGGGAAGGACUAGACCAUGUGAAAAAUGACAUAAUAUUUUAGCUGCAGUUCAUUCAUUUUCAGCUUUGUAUUCCUAUUAUAAAAAAGUGUGCCUAGACAUUCUGUUGUUGCGCCCACAACCUAGGUUUAAGGUGCCAUUUAGCUCCUAGCUUUCAUAUCUCAGUUUCUAACACUGGUCGAAAAUACUCCUUAAUAAGGAUUGUGGCUUUGUCAUUUUUCCUAUGACCACUUGGUUCCAUCCACCACUGCUUGGCACAUCUCUCUUAAGCAAUUGCUCAAGAGAAAUGCCUUCUGUCAUAAAGGGAGUGUGGUCAUCGGUGGUGGAGGCCUCUUUCCAUGCUCUCAACUUCUCCAAGCCCACAUCUAGACCACCUUAGGAGCAUACAAAGGCUUUGUCAUUAAUGCAUAUUGAAUUUAAGCUCAGCAUUCAUGGAGGUGGCUGGAAUGUAGAAAAUACAAUCUUAGCAGCAAUGUACAUAGGCUGAAGAAUCAUGUAGUGCAGCUUUUGCUGGUCUGUACAGACUAUAGGUGGAAGCCAGGGUAACUCAUUUCAUAUAUUUCGCCAAGAGGAUGGCAGGGCAGAAUCGCUGUACGUAGAAAAGAAGCGAGUAAGAGAGAAAGCUGAUUUCCUGUUCCUCAUAGAAUUUUCAUGGGUUGUACAAACAUGGAAUAAGUAUAUUGUGAUAUUGUAUGAGAAUGGGGGGAAAUCGUAAGACAAACACAACUACGGUGAGUGUUAGGAAAUAAAUGCAGUGUGAAAAAGCUGUGCAAGAGUAAAAAGCCUGCACUGGGCCUUAUAUUCAGAGAAGGCUGCAAGAACUCCAGAAAAGUUAAAAUGCAGAUAAGCUUUGCUGUCUUUAAAAAACCCCUCUAUUAAUCAAAGCAGACACUCAGCAUGUCCCCUUGCUCUUGUUUCCGUUUUGAAUACAGACUCUGUGUGCAUAUGACAGGCUGCUUUAAGAUUAUCAAAUAGCCAUUGCCAAGCUGCCUCUGGUGACUAAGAACCAUCUUUGGUGGUUAUGCAGGUGGGGAGAAAUAAAUACCGUUUGUUUCAGGUUGUCCUAUAACUGACUUUACAUAUAGCCUGGUUAGCACGACUUGUCUUCACUUCCAUAAUUGCUCUCAUGCCAGUUGGGUUGUAUAUAGAGGUUUCUACCCACAGGAUUCCUCAGAUAAUGGCUUUUAGUAUAUCAAGCCAUGAUACUCGGUCACUUGGGAGCUGUGUGGCUUGUGUGGUAUAUUAAAUGUCCACUAGAAGAAUGAUUUGAGCCGAAUCCUUUGCCCCAACCAGCAUGGUUCCUCCCACCAGUGUGGGCAUGAGGGUUUGGUGGGUUUGUGGGCUGGUAGGAUUAUUUUGUAGGCUAAUAGAUUUUGUACAAUUGGUUUUGUCUUGUUUUGCUGCAAGUCUGAUCUAAGCAGUGUUGCAAAAUGUUUUUUGUCCUAGAAGUCGAACCAUUUGAAGAGUCAACCUUACUAAAAAGUGGCGCCCCCCCCCCGCCCCAAGUUCCAUGAUACAAAAGCCUGUGGGAGCCAGAAAGAUUCCCAAGACUAACACCAGACUGACUUGUUAGUAUGCAAGGUUCCUCUCUCCUCUGCCUUCUGUAGCUCCCCACACUCAUUUGCUUAUCUGAGGUCUGGCAUUGUUGGCAGCAACAAGUGUGAAGGAGAACAAAAACUUGGGCAGCUCUUUACAACACUGCUGGCAUGUCAAAGCGAAACUUGUUUGGCGGUUUUAGAAAGAGAAAAGAAGUCCUUUAAGCAUUCAGCUAUAUUCACUGACAAGAGACACACACAAAAACCUGCUGGCUUCUUUGGUUUUACUUCUCAGAUUUAGCUCCAGUGUAACUAAGUUAACAGCCUCCUUUCCUCCUUGUGCAUUUUAGAAUAUAACAGUGCUUGUAAACUGGUAGAGCUUUCUCUGUCCAUGUAGUGGCAUUUCUCUGGGCAGUAUCCAAUGAAACAGUUCCACUUGCGCAAGUACUUUUGGCAGUGCAAUGUACUUCCCCUCCCUCUCCUCACCACCACCCCCGAAAUAUGCACCACAAAGUUGGGGGAAAACCCAUGACCAUUUAAGAGGGCAUGUGGAAGGAGGGGAAGUUCCACUGUACAGUCAAAAGUGCUAGUUCUAGUAUAACUGUCCAGUUGGAUACUGCCCCCUGUGCUAAACCCUUCCAGUAGAUUUUGCUGCUUUAAACUUGGCCACAUGGAUGAGAGAUUAUUAUCAGUGUUUGUGACCACAGCAUAUACUCGAAGGGGGAAAUGAGUGGUGCAAGCUAAUGGCCCCAGAGAUGGAAGUUUGUGUAUUAAUGGACAACCAAGAGGUAAAACCGUGCUACCAAAAGAACAUUUAAGCCUGGGUCAAAAGUCAUUCUCCAAACCAUUCUCAGGAAGUUUAGGUACAUUCUGUAGACCAAUAUGCUUGUCCCAUCUUCAGCUCUGAGUUGGCUCUGUCUAAUCUUUUUUUGUAAGUCUGAACUGAGUAAACUGUUCAGUGCUAACUUCCAAGCAAUGGACUGAGGUGAGUUUGCAAACCAUUAGUUGGAAGUUGGUAUUAACCAGUCUGUCAGAUUUCAGACUUCACAAGAGACCUGGAAGUAGAGGAAUGGAGGGAGGAGUGUGGGCCUGUUACACAUUUCCCAAUCCACAAAGCCAUGAUUUGGAGCCUCAUCUGACUUGAGCAGGGGUCAGCAAACAUUUUCAGCAGGGGGCCGGUCCACUGUCCCUCAGACAUUGUGGGGGGCCAUACUAUAUUUUUGGGGGGAAAAUGAACGAAUUCCUAUGCCCCACAAAUAACCCAGAGAUGCAGCACACAUUCCACUCAUGUGAAAACACCAGGCAAGCCCCACAAAUAACCCGGAGAUGCAUUUUAAAUAAAAGGACACAUUCUGCUCAUGUAAAAACAUGCUGAUUCCUGGACCAUCUGUGGACCGGGUUUAGAAGGCAAUUGGGCUGGAUCCGGCCCCCGGACCUUAGUUUGCCUACCCAUGGACUUGAGCCUCAGUCUUUUAGUGUCUGUAGAUUUCUUCAUUUUUUUGGAUUUGAAGAAUCACUACAUUUGUAGCAUUGUUGUGAGAAAACAAACUGCCUCUUAACUUUCAUGAAUAAUUGGGGAGGGAAGCUUUAGCUGUUUCUCUUUAAACAUAAUCUAUUUCCUUUUCAAAGUAAAGAGUUUAGGGCAGCCUUGUAAUCAAAGUACAUUCUUUAUAGCCCUCCUGAAAUUGUCCACUGCUACCUAACAGAAGGGAGAGGGGAGGCAAUUUUCACAAGCUUCUCUCAACAGUCUCCUGCACCACUUCCUAUGCUGUUCCACGGGGUCUUCCAACCUUCCACAGCAGAUUUUUGAGGGACAUGGAGUGUGCAUGAGUUCUGGAACCAACCGUGGUUUGUAAACUUGAGAGUCUCGCAUUUUCCCAUCACUUUCCUUGCUACAAAAAGUGUGAUCUUAUGGGGAAGCGAGUUCUGCUGUUCAAGACCUACCAAUGAACUUUGCUAGCACAACCUGAAUUUUCCAGGAUGUGCAUCAGAAAAUAGCAACAGUCUCAAUGGUCUAAUUCUUAGUACUCUGACAUACGAGUGCCAAGUCACUCCAUUGAAAAGCACAGCAAUUAGAUUACUGUAGCUUAAAUACUCAGAACUGUUGGAAUGAAAUACUGAAAUGGCAUUUAGGCAUAAAAUCACUUUUUGCCAUUCCAUCAAUGGAACAGAAUGUUUUAGUAGCUGUAAGGGUGUGGGUUUCCCCUAAGACUAAUUUUUGCUGAGAAUCAAAGUACAGUCAGUUUAAUCAGGAUUCUUAUAACUCAUAUAUUUUCUGAGCAUGCUUCAUACUGCCUCUUUUGUAAAAACUGCCUUUCACCUUCCCUUCCAGGUCCUGCAUGUUUUAAUACAGCAGAGAAGGGAUGGGGGACCCGUGACCCUUUUGUGUAAAAAAAAAAAUCCCCUUCAGUUAGGGAGAAACCUUUGACAAAUUGCAUAAAUUAAACAAGAAGGAAAUGUUUUAAUUGUUGGACAAACCACGAGGCAAAGGCUGCAGAAUAAUUAUUUAAAGACUAUGGGGAACUGGACAGUACCUGAGCAGGCCUAAGGGUUAGGAGUGGUUUCCUCCUAUUUCAUUAGAUAGGAACCUGCCUUGCACUGAGUCACAUCAAUUGUUCCCUAUGGGUCAGUAUUGCCUAGAACGAUUGGCAGUGGCUGUCCAGGGUUUCAGGUAGGAAUCUUUUCCAGUCCUACCUGGAGAUGCCAUGAAUUGAAUCUGUGACCUUCUGCAUGCAAGACGUGUGCUCUGCUGCUGCUAAAACUACAGCCCGUUGCAGGGGUUCAUUUGGGCAAACUUCAAAACUAAAUGGCUGGGGAAUAAAGGAACAGUGAGAAAUAAUUUGGAGGAAUGGAAAGAAGACUUGCAAGGGGACUUCUUAUUAGUGAAUCUCUUGGCCAAAACUCUUCCAUUUGAAAUACUCUCUAGUAGCAUGAAAUAUGGGUGACCUUAAAAAUCAUUUUAUUGCUUGCACAAAGUUCUCUGGUUCAAUCUCUGGCAUCUCCAGCUAAAAAAAAUCAAGUAGCAGGUGAUGGGAAAGAUGCUUGUCUGAGACCCUAAAGACCCAAUGUCAGUCAUAGUAGGCAAUGCUGGUCACAAAGCCUAAGCUUAAGGCAGCUUCCUAAAAUUGACCAGCUGCCAAUUUCAAAAAUCAAGGUCAUGCCCCGUUGAGCAAUUCCGCUCAUUGUGGCCAGCACAGUAUCUUUAAAUGUACGUUGCAACCUGGUUGAAGAAUAAUAAAACACUUUCUGUUUAGGUUCUGAAAUGAUUAACCAAACCUUUGUUUUUAGAAGAAUAAAAACUCAUUUCCCCCUCCCCACGUGCAAAUGUGCCAAUGUUUAAUAAUUGAAAUAUUGUUUCCUGAUAAACAGUAUGUACUGUUGAGUCUCUGGUGUAUAGAUUGCUUCCCUCAUGGAUAAGGUGGGGGGAGGGACUUGCCCCAGUGUCUUAUCUGUUCUUUCCGCUAUUAGUUAUAAAUCUGUCACAGAUAUCCCAAGGAAGUGUUGAAGACUGCCAGUGCAGUAGUAACUUUGGCUAUGAUCCCAACCAUUCUGAUGUGGAAGGUCAAAUUAUUGGACUGGAAUUAUUUCCAUGCAAUGUGUGUUAAGUAGGAAUCAGUUUGAACUGCUUCUUUUUGCAUUCAUGUUACCUCUUUAUGAUGAUUUCUUCUUAGUUUACAUUUAUGGGAUACAUUUAUGGGAUUUUUUCUUUUCUUUUACAUAGAGUAGUUGGGGAUCUAGACCUAUAGAGUCAUAGAAUCGUAGAGUUGGAGGAGACUCUGAGGGUCAUCUAGUCCAGCCCCCUGCAAUGCAGGAAUCUCAGCUAAAGCAUCCAUGGCAGAUGGCCAUCCAAUCUCUGCUUAGAAACCUCCAUGGAAGGAGAGUCCACCACUUCCCAAGGGAGCACUGAAAAGGCUUCUCAAAGCCAGUAAUCAUUUCAAGAAGACUAGAAUUUAAUCCUAAAUAGCCCCAAAUACCAUAACCAGAAGAUCCAAAUUCAAGAUAGGUGAGACAAAUGUUAGGCCUGCCAUAUGUCAGGAUAAUUCCUGACAUGUCCUGGUUUUUGUGUAUAAAAACGGCGGCGGUGGCGGGGAUUUUGCUGAAUUGAACUGGCAAAAUUUCAGGGAAAACCUGAAUGUAUGGCAACAUGAUGGAAAAAACAAUUUUGGGGUCUUUCUAAAAAAAUAUGAAAUAUGGCAACCAAAUUUGGAAUGUUUUGCUAUUGUUAAGCGUAUUUUUAUUUUUGUGGAUAGGGAGAGGAUUCCUAAAAGACUUACCCACAUCCACUUGUUCAAACCAUAAUUAGUUAGGUAUGGUCUCUCUGGCCAGGUGAAGUCUAUUUGUGGAUAAUAGGCAGCUCAAGGACUGCUUGUUUGGCUAUCUAAACUGUAUCAUGAAUUGCCUUAGUCCCUUUAGCAAUGUGAAGUAAGUCUGUUGGAUGAUGAGAAGCAUCAUGGACGUAUUAUCAUUGUUAUUAAUCACCUUCCAUACAGGUCUCAAGGUGAUGUACAAAAUACAGUUGGAAACAGCCCAAUUUAAAACAGCACAAAAAAUAAAGGCAGAUUAAAAAAGAGAGAGAGAGAGACCAUUCCAUCCAGCUGAGAAUGCUUGUUGGAACAAAAACAUCUUCUGGAAGGUGCAGACAGUGGACUUUUGUUAUAUUCCACAGAAAGCCCUGCUCUGAGCUGCACACUUCUAGGAAUCAGCUAGUAGUUUCCUAUUUUUAUUUACUUGAAACUCACCUCAAAGAUUGAUGUGGUUUAUUUUCAAACUGUUGCCAUUUUCAGUAGAAGUGUUUUUAUUUUGUCAGCUUGUGAAAAUUAACAUCCUAAUGAUCCUUGGUCCAAGCGGUUAAUUGAAGGCCUCCAAGAUAAAUUACUGAGAUUAAUAGUCACCUUGUAUUGAAGUGUACCUGUUCCCAUCCUCAGUUUAAUUACUGUUAAGUAACAAUUGGGUUGCGCCACAUUUCCCAGAAAAAUUAAACAAGAGAGGGCACAAAGGUAGAAUAACAAUUUCAGUCUAAGGUGUAUCAAUACACUAGCUUUCCAGUGGUUGGGAGAUUGCUGACUCUCACUGUGAAAAAAGGAUCAUGACUCAGCAUUUGUUGCAGUCCCAGUUAAAGUGUCCAAUGCCUACCUGCACAUGCAAUUUUAUUAUGUAAACAUAAUUUUAUUGGCAUUUUUUGAGAAAUGCUAAUUUAUGUAAAUGGCAUGUAGUAUAGAAACUCUGUUUUGAAAGAAUGCGAACAUUUCACAGUAUUGUGACUUUUGUAUCAUUUCUGGCAGAUGAAAUCAGACCUUGUUAUUUGUGUCUUGAGUAUGGAAAGGACGGUGUUCUUUCUGUGUUUAAGGGAUCUUCCACUUAUUCGUGUUUGUGAAAACUCAGUGCUAUAACAGUGCUGUCACCGCGUCUGUCCAUUUGUGUGGCAUCACAAAUACUUCAAAUACAAUCCAAAUACUUCCUUGUGGGAAGACUCUUUUGUCCUCCUCAUCCCAGUAUAAAUUUGCCAAAACAACCUCUGUCUGCUAAGGACAACAGUGUCAGAUUUCCUGCUUCAGAUUUUAAAAGUCCUUGCUAAUGUAGACAAAAAACGUUAAGGUUGUUCAUGAACUUGCACUUUCUCAGACGAAUGGGUGUCCCAACUUGCAGCUGUGAAGAACUGGUGAAACUAUUUUAUACCCAUGCAUUCCAGUUUUCUUCCCUCUGCUGUUAGUCAGCUAUACAACACUGAGAGUAGUACUUUAUAUAAUUCAGUAGCAAGAUGAAUAUGUGUUACCUCAAGAUGUAAUCAAAGCACACAUGUGCUUGGAUGUGAGUGGUUGGCAGCUUGGCUUAUAGAUGCCUAUCGUGGAUGUACCAUGAGUCUCAAAUCAUCUCAUCAUCUCAUGCAGCUGAGGGCUUCUUACAGAUGCCAUCUCAUCUGGAGGUUAAUAUCAUAUGAUGUAAGAAUUAGCCCUUUACUCUAGUGGUUGUACCUACCCUUUCAAACUCUUUUCUGUGACAUAUUAAGCAGGCAUCGCCUCUCCUUUUGGUGCCUGUUGACCACCUUCCUUUUUCAACAAGCCUUUUAAGCAGAAUUUUCUGCCCCUGUCUCUAUCUGUAUCAGGCUUGAAAUUAUUUAUGUAUACAUUUAUAAUGUUGAUGUUUUUAUUAUUAAUUGCUUUGGGAUGUUUUAUGGGAAGCAAUUCAUAAACAACAACAACAAAACAAACAAACAAACAGAUACAGGAAUAAAAGCUCCCAUGGGCCUGUUUGUUGCAACACCCAGAAAGGAUUUUUGAGUGUGCUUUUUGAGUAUCACGGAAGACCUGAGGGCUUUGUUUUUCUUUUCUCUGCUCCCUUGGCAUGGCUAUGGCUCUGCUCUAUAAGCCCCACCUAUAAUGCAAUUUUUGUCUUUUAGUAUACAGUGUACAAGACUUUUAACUGAAUAAUGUGAUGAUUAGGGCUGGGAGAUACCUGGUUUUCAGCAGCACAAUAUAUCACAAGUUAAACAUUGUGUUAUUUCGAUAUAUCACGAUAUCUGAAAUAAGGCUGGAGCUAUGUAGAGGUGAACACGGUGAUGUCCUGGCAACUGCUACUACUUAUGGGUCUAAGUCUAAAAUUGAUCCUUUUUUACUUACCUUUAACACAUUGUUACAACUGUUAAUGUUAUAGUACUGCUGUACCAGUAAUGUUUAAAUUAGCACAUUUUCUCUUAGGUUAAAGCUGUAGAAAUGAUUCGUAGCAUAGAUAUCAAAGGUUCCCUGAAAAUUUAAUUACAUUAUUAAACAAGAAAAAAGCAGAUUUAAUGUCACACUUUUAGAUAUUCAAAUAUUGAACAGCAGAGCAGGGUGGGGGGAUUUCUUUUACUCUGAAGCAACUUGAAAGCCACAAUCACACACACAGGGAGGAGGAGGAGAAGAAGAAGAAGAGGAGGAGGAGUUUGGAUUUGAUAUCCCACCUUUCACUCCCUUUAAGGAGUCUAAAGCGGCUAACAUUCUCCUUUCCCUUCCUCCCCCACAACAAACACUCUGUGAGAGGAGUGGGGCUGAGAGACUUCAAAGAAGUGUGACUAGCCCAAGGUCACCCAGCAGCUGCAUGUGGAGGAGCGGAGACAGGAACCCGGUUUCCCAGAUUACGAGACUACGGCUCUUAACCACUGCACCACACUGGCACUGAAGAAGUGAAGGAGAAUCACAGAGCAAGGAAGGAAGCAACUCGGAGGGGAAAGAGUUAACAAACAGAGAGUGCAAGCGAAACACUGCAGGGCUGACUGAGCUAAAAAACAUGGGGAUAAAGAAAGGGAGCUGAAGAAGCCUUUCUCCACAGACCCCUGCACCUCCAGGAAAGUUCCUUGCCAUAGUGUCAUGGCUCCAAAUGAAACAUCAGCUGGGCACACCAGCAGAGGGGAGAGGGAGUCAGUCAGGGAGACAGUCACACUCACACCUACACCCACACAAGCAGUACAGUUUUAACAAGGGGCCGGGCUGACACUUACAGAAAGCAAAGUGUGAAGUGUGGGUUGGGUUAAUAAAAACUCCCAGUGCUUUUUGCCGGCUGCUUCACAAAAAGAAAUGCACAUCACACCACACCAGCGGGUGGAGGGAGGGAGACACACGUACACACUAGCACACCCACAAGCAGUACACACACACGCAGAAUGACAGUAGAGGGUCAAAUGCCAAAGGAAGGUGUAUGGUUUUUUACUAACCUGUUUAUGUUUCUAUGGGGGAAAUGGGUUCCAGAAGUCUGAACCUGUAGGCUUCCCCUAAGCCAACUACCAGCCUGGGGCCUUGAAGCAAGAAACGUGAGCGAAGAAGUCCCUGCUUGCCGGCUGGAUGGCUGGGGAGACAGAGAGCUAACCAUUUCUUAAAGCUCCGCUUGGCGAUACAUAGCUGCUUGGCAAUAUUGGAGUCAGCUUGCUGUAGUAAUUUGUUUUGCUGCUGCUGCUGCUGCUGCUGCUGCUGCUACAGCUACAGAAGACAGGGAAGGUUGAGGCUCACAGUGACUGCUAAACCAGUUUUCAAAGCUCUGUUUGGCGGUAUAUGCUGGGCGAUUUUUGAGUAUGCCUCCUGUAGUGAUUUGUAGCUAUUUCUUGAUGCCGCAGGAGGCAGGGUUGGAGGUUGACCGAGGUGGAAUUAGCAAGGGCUGCACCUGCAGGAAGAAGCAUUGGCUUCCUGGUUUUUCCAAUAUUGUGAUUUUUGAAUACCACACAUACAAUAUGCGAUAAAUUGCAAAGUCAUAUUUUAAAAAAUGGUUAUUACGAUUUGAUCUAAAACCUGAUGUCAGAUGAUAUAUUGAUUUAUAGCACAGCCCUAGUGGUGAUAAGUUUCCUUAGGGAAACUGCAAAAUGAAAUCUCUGAGCCACCCAGACCAUCAGGCAAGCAUGAGUAAAGUUAUUGCGCACAUUUAUCUCAACCCCCAGAUCCCCAGUUGAGUUGUGGGUCUCCUACGAUUAAUGGCAAAACAAUGUUUUUUGUUGUACUCUUCUAUUUUAACUCUGCCUUCUGUCUGGUAUCUUUCUUGAUGUUAAUAUUAGUGCAAAAACGCAAAGAAACCAGGAGAUCAUCAAAAUAUUUUGCACUUAACAUUUUUCCACUUCACAGCUUUCUCUUCAUUUCAGGCAAUACCUUCUGUCUUGUCACUGCCUUGCAAGUUGUUCCCCAAAUGUCCACACACUAAAACAGAUGCGUGAACCAUCUUAAAACCUGCUGAAAUUACAUGGACCAUAGGAACAAAAUACUAAGUUGCAGAAGCAGGAAAAUGUUCUCUCUUGUGUGUGAACCAAGUUGAAAUAAAAUGGCCAGGAUGUCAAAAGCACUCAGAUCUGGAAGUCAAGACCCAGUGCUGAAUAUGGAGAUCAGACAAAACUUUUAGGAAUAAUGGUAAAAACUCAUUCAUCCAGACCGGUGGUUCAAAAAGUAAAUAUGGUCUGCUAUGUGACCUCCAGCACAUCAAGCCAAACUUUUUGAAAUUUCCUCAUUCCAGGAAGGUUAAGAAAACUUGACUGUUUGAAGGGGGUGGCAGCAGCUGUUUAAUUAGAAAGACAUGAAUCUGCUUUCUACUAGCCCUUGGGGAUGAAAACAAUUGCCUUUAUUUGCCCUAACUAUAUCAUGUAGAAAAUGCUCGAGUAAACUGGUUCUUUAAAGAGCUUCCCCCAAAGCAACUUACUCUUUAUUUACAAAGGAGCAAAGCAUCUGGUGUUCAAAAAAGAUUAGAUCGUGUCUGCUAGAUUAGUAUUUCUAAAUUGAAGCUAGAUAAAUCAUUAUGGUGUUUUUUAGUAGCAGUAAUUAGCUGCUAGGACAAACUACCAUGUGAUGUAGCAAUUAUCUAUCACUUGUAGUCUUUAAUCAAGUUAGGUUUGGAUUGAAGUAGAAGAAAUUAUCUUGGUUGUAUAAACAAAAGACUAGUUUCUGAGAAAUUGGGUGUGAUGGAACUGAGAAUGCUAAAACAGACUUCCUAAGGUUUAAAUCUAGUUUGGGCCUGAGGUAGGAAGGGCAAGCAUUUGAGGAAGUGAGGAGCAUGGCUCCCAAGCAGCUUCCUGAGUUGAGGUAAUUUAUGUGGACAGAGAAAGAUGAGAGUGUAGAGGAGGUGGUUGAGGUAGGAAGUCCUCCCGUCUUCUCUUCCCUGCCCCUCUGUGAGUUUUGAGGAAAAAAAUAUAAUUUAGAGAAGGAUUCCAAAUUGAUAAUCUAGCAAUGCUGCAAUAAGGAGAAGCUUAUCACAGUGAGGAGUUCUGGUGUUCUGUGGGGCAGAGGCAGAAACCGAAUGGAUAUUCACCGUUUGAAGCACUGGGAGUUUGGUUCCCAUGUUCUCCUAACUGGUUUUCCAAGUGUCCUUUAGGUAGACUGAUUCAGUCUCAAGAGCCAGUCUUGGUCAAAUUUUUGCCCACAUGGAUCCUAGCUGACCAAUUUCAUGUAGCAUUAUCAAGUUUACUUUUCCUUCUGCUGCCUCUCCCCAUCACACCAAACUCUCAAGAAUUUCUUCCAUAUUUGUGUGUAAAAGAGCUGUCGCAGUUCUUUCCGGGAAGCAAUAAAUCUUUGGCUGGAGAAAAGGCAAUAAAGAAGGCACACAAGAGAUGACUUAUAUGAUAUUGCAUGCACAGGAACUCACAUGCAGUCAUGGGUAGCUUUUAAACCCUUCCUUACACAGCCUGCAAAGCUGUGUCAUCUGUGCACUGUAAACUGAUUUCCUUCCAGGCAAUUUCCUGUCUGCCAACACUGUAGAAUUUCUGUAGAAUUUCUUUAUAGAACCAGCCAGGACCUUACAUCACCGUCCUCCUUCCCUGCCUUCACUUCCCUGUAGGACAGUGAUAAAUAUCUGACCAGGGCUACUGUUUAGCACACAAUCUUAUUUAUUAUUUUAUUUUUACAUUACUAUUAUUAGUAGUAUUUUAUUUAUGUAUUUAUACCCCACCUUUUCCCUUAUGGGGAAACUCCCAACAACUAUUCAGCUAGGUAAUAAUCAUAUACCAAAAGGCAGCUGAAUAAAAACAAUCCAAUAGCAGCAGAAAAAAUAGGAUGGCAUUUAGCUAAGUUUUGCUCAAAGUAGUCUCACAGAAAUUAAUGAAUAUGAGUAAGGUCCAUUAAUUUCAAUUGGUCUACUCUGAGUAUAACUUAGUUGCCUUUCACCCAUAAGAAUCCACUCAUUUCCACUCCAUCUUUCUCCAGCAUUGCAGAUUAUGAGAAUUAUGCCCUUCCCCAACAGCAGCCUCCCACCCUAGGGCCUCUUAAACCACUAGCAUUUCAUCCCCUGGAUUAGAAUGAAGUUCUCUUUCUGAUAGACCUAUUAAAGAGCAGGUUCUCUCCCUCUUGCAGGUUUCAGAAAAUCCCACCAGUUUAAAUGCAGGAUCUCUCUGUAGUGGAAGGAGCGACAAGGUAGAAGGGAAAGCACAUGUAAGCCUGAGGUCUGCUUUCUGAUCUCUUUUAGAAAACACAUUGUCUGAAAAAGACACCAGUAGCUUCUCUUGGAAUACUUUACAACUUGUAACCUCCUUGUUGAAUGUGUCUAUCCAAAACCAGUCUGUUCUCAGACUGAAGUCCUAAUGGUGCUGGAGAGGGUUGCACUGUUACUUCUCAAAUUUUGGACAUGAUGCUAUCUGUUGAUACCCUGUAAAUUGGGAUGAGUGAAUAUAGUUCUUGGGUCAGGGAUACCUGGCCUCAAAUUUUGCUCGGUCACAGAGCUCCCUGGGUGGUCUUUGCAGAUAGGGUGACAUAAAUCGCAUGAAGGCUGCCCUAACCUCCUUGAAAGAACAAAUGUGAUGAGUAAUUUUGCCUUUUAAAGGCAGAAGUGUCGUGUGUUCAUUUCCUGUCAAAGAACUUUGUGCCACCAUCUUGCAUGAUCUAACACGGGUCGGCAAAGCUUACCAGGCAUGGGCCGGAUCACUCCUGUGGAGCUCCUCCAUGUGCCAGACUGGCACAGCGGAAUGCCGGAAAUCAUGUCUGCGCAUGUCCGUGGCGCCAGAAAUCGCUUUGCACAUGCCCAGAUGCCAAAAAUUGCACCUGCACAGAAGUGAUUUUCGGUACCUGGGCAUGCGCAGAAGCGAUUUCCGGAGCAGUGGAAGAGAGUCCCCAUGCCGCGCUGGUUUAGCGCAGCGUGUGGGGACUCGGUUUGGGGGUGGCUCGUGGGCCGGUUAAACAGCCUCCGUGGGCCUUAGGUUGGCGACCCCUGGUCCAACACCCAAUUUUCCAUUUUCUAUCAUGCCUUUCCAUUAAGAAACUUUCACAGAGUGGCAUACAUUUAAAGCAAAAACAGUAAAAUGUUGUUAAGAAAUAGUAAACGCAAGUGGCAGUCCUGAAAAAAGAGAUACAGUUCCGUCAUAGAUUAAAAACCUCCUAUAAUAUAAUAUAAUUUGCCUGGUGCCAUAAUGGCGUAGAUGAAAGCUGCACCUCCCUGGGGAGAGCACUCCGUAAGUGGGCUACUUUCUGGUAAGUCACUCUUACUAGGAAGAGGCAUUUAACUUUGUAGACUUGGGCAGAGCUGUCUGCCCACAAACAUUCUCUUUUGCAGCUUUCUCCUGAGAUACUGGGCAGAAUUACCCCAAGCCCUGGAGAAUGAGCCUGGCAGUCUGCCAUAGUACCCACGGGAAAAGAAGAAAAGGGAAAUGGGGAUGUAUACCUGACCUGAAGUAUCUAGAGAGCAAGUCAGGAAUGAAGAACUCUGCCUUUUGCCUCAAGUUCAGCUUUCUGUGUCUGUAAGGCAGACCCAUUCCUUGGUCCACAGAUGUCUGAAGCUGGUCCUUGAAAGUUUAGGUCAAAAAGAGGGUCUUGUUGGAGCUGUGAGCUGUGCAGCCAUCGAAAAUCUGGGGUUUAAGCAUUACUCUGGCCCAGUGCAACUCUAUGGACAGGGGAGGGGUUUCCUGAAUGUGUGAGUGUUGCAAUCUCUCUAUGUCUUUGUGCAAUUGUUUAUUUCCUGCAAGUUCCUGUCUGUCACCACUCUGUUUACACCGAUAAGGUUGAAGUGGAAAGGACAUGAUUCUGGUUAUCUGAAUACUCUUUGAAUCAUGAGUUUACCUAUGGAGUUCUCUAAAGGACUUACUGUCUAUGUGGGGGGGGGGGGAUCUUACAGGAGGAUUAGCACACCAAUACUAAUAUUAAGUAUUAGGAAAUCAGGAUACUUAUGCAUACUUUCCAGCUCACAUUUAAGAUAAGGACUAGUAGCAGGGUCUAGAGAGUUCAUAAUGGGGUCUCUUUUUAUAUCAAGUUAUGCCUUUUAUCCUGAUGCCAUGAUCUUCAAGAACAAACCAUAGAAAAAGUUCACAUUGACAUCCAUCAUUACAGUAGCUUCCUACCUAGAAGGACAAAAUUUGGGGCUGCUGCCAUAGCAGAGCCCCCACCUCCCAUAAAUGCUCCUUUCUGCUGGCAGAUUUUGGCACAGAGGUGACUAUGUACCAAUCUAACCCCCUCCCCAAAGCCAUCACAAUCAGGAGAGGGGUUCAGACUGCAGCCUUAGCCCAGGAAAACUUAUUUCACAAUUAAAUGUUAAGCCUUACAGGUAUCACAAGAUUUGUUAUUCUGUUACUAUAAAAACAACACACUCUGCUAAUGCUCUAGAAGGGUCAUUCCAUGUCAGUUCAAUGUGGUCAUGCCACACACCGUCUGGGAUUUUGAUGAAACUUGGUGUACACCAUUCCCUUAUGGUUGAAAGAAACCCCCUUAAAUUUUUUCCCUCUGUCUCAAACAGUUUUAAUUUUAUAGAACUUCAAAGUUUCGUGAAAUCUGUGUUUCUGUCCCUCUUGAGAUCCUUGGCCUUGUGUGCAUUUUAUCUUUUUUCUCCAUAACUAAUGAUCAGAUCUCGUUGAAAUUUUACAGAGAGAUCAAUAACAUGAUGAGGAUUUCAGGAAAAAAUAAACCAGCACUCAAAAGAGUUUAUAAAUGCCUUAAAAAUGUAUAAAUGUAGCUUUUUUGAUGGAAAAACUAGGUUUAGAAAGCCUAAAUUUUCAGCGUUAGGGCACAAUGCAAUCAAAAGUUUUUGAUGGUGAAAAUUAUUGCAAAGACAUGCUCUUUCUCAACAAAGAAUAAAAUAUUUGGGUCUCUUAUGUCUUGGAACAAAAUUUUGUGUUUUUUGGACAUUGUGGGGGGGAAAUGGCUACUGGGUACAACUUUCCUACAAUCCAUAGCUGUAAUAGAAAAAAUUAAUGAAACAAAGUUCAUCUUAAAAUCUAAAAUAAUAUUGGUUAUUACAGGGUUGUUUUUUUCAAAAGCGCAGGCUUGUUUUUCAUUUUUGCGGUAUUGUUCUCUGUGUAAAAUUUCAAAGAGAGCAGAUCAUUGGUUAUGGAAAAAAAACACACAAAGUUCUAAGGCACUUUCAUUUUUGAGAACAGUCUCUAUGCUGCAACAUAUAAGGAAGGGUUGCGGAUAAUUCUGGGUGUAGGGCAAUCAUUUGCUUCUCUCUCAGUCCCUGCUACCCUCCCUUUGUCCAAAGCUGCUUUCCCCACAGAACUGCAAAUUGCACACUGGAUAUAAAAUAAUUUUUAGAUGUGAUUAAUGCUAUACAGUGCUUGAGUGCUCUGAGAGGAUAUAAAGGGGUUUAAAAUGCAUGUUUUGUAAAAGAAAAAAAAGGGGGGGAGACCCCAUGUCCUAUUGUAGGUUAUCUCCUUGUUUAUAACCUCACAUUCUGAUUUACUGGCCUUAAUUAAAAUUGUCCUCGCUUGGGAUUGCCAUGUUAACAAUGCCUCCCUAAUAACCAUGCUCGCAUGCAUCACACAAUGGACAGUUACCUCUUGCAUACAUUCAUAUCUGCUACCAGUUACCACAAGGUUCCUGUGAGAUUUCACACUUCUGACCAAAACGUUGAGCUGUUCCUUCAGCACAAGUGAAAUAAAGGCUGCACUUUGCUCUAAGUGUUCCUUCAGCACAAGUGAAAUAAAGACUGCACUUUGCUCUAAGUGAAGGAAGUUGCUAGGAUAUUUCAUGGCAUCUUUCCCAUGUUCCGAAACCUUCAUUAGUCUUAAAGAGCCAGAUGCAGAUAUGAGUUUGGUAUCCAGAUUUUUCACUCCCCCUAGCAGCAACUUCUCUGAAGCUUACAGGAAUGUAUUGCAUUCCCUGCUUGGUAGUCUGUUUUCUUCUUGUUGGAAGAGCCACAAGUGAGGGUGGUUUCAGUAAGCCCACUGAAACAAAUGUCUUAUUAAAUGAGCGUACAAAAUCUGGUUCUGAUAGUUACCAAAGAGAAGAUUCUAUAUAUAGAUGCUGCUGAAUUAAUUAACUUGGAAUUUGGUGAACUGGACUCUGGUGAAUUUUCUCGGGGUAGACUUUCAGAGAUCAGAUGCAGGGUGGGGCAAACCCAUCUGCACAGAAAACAAUGAAAUGUAGCAGGUUGUUGUAGUAAUCACAUUCUAUUUCAAUGCCGCCUUUUUUGGUGCUGAAACAUUGCAGUGUAAACAGGAAGGGCGAAUGCAGGGUUUCUCUAAGUCACAGUAUAUCUGGGACUGCAAUCUUAACUUGCACUUACGUCCAAGUAAAACAUGGUUAGGAUCAAGUUUUUGGGUUGCAAUCCUACACACAUUUACUUGAAGAGAAGUUGCAUUGCAGUAAGUGGGACUUUGCAAAUAGAUAUCUUUGGCAUAAGGACAGGAAAUUUAUCCUCUAAAUCCUUUUGAAAUUUUGACAGAAGACUCUGAGAAUAAAAAUGAACAGAAAGCAAGGACAUAUUUACAGGCUGUAUCCACAUUAAACAUAUUUAGGAAGCUGGAUUUAAAAGUGUAUAACGGGCUUCUCCAGCUGCCUUUCUGUCUGUCUACAGUUUGUGGUCCCAUUUCCCCACCACAACCUGCUGAUAUUUCCACCCUCCUCUAUCUCCUUUUCAUCUAAUUAUGCUAAGCAACACUGUUAUCUUCCUGAUCCAUUCUGUAAUAUGUACAGUGGUACCUCGGGUUACAGACGCUUCAGGUUACAGACUCCGCUAACCCAGAAAUAUUACCUCGGGUUAAGAAGUUUGCUUCAGGAUGAGAACAGAAAUCGCGUGCGGCAGCGGAAGGCUCCAUUAGCUAAAGUGGUACCUCAGGUUAAGAACAGUUUCAGGUUAAGAACGGACCUCCAGAAUGAAUAAAGUUCUUGACCCGAGGUACCACUAUAUUCUGUCGGCUUUAAAAGUAGUUGGAGCAUGUUUCAGUAGAUCGUAUUGGAAGGGUUUGAAUUAGGGGGUUGUCCUGUUGAAGCAUGGACCGUACUGCUUAUGUGCGGACACAUUCAAGCAAACACAACCAAAGUCUUUUGCUCAUGAAAAGUAUAAAGUAUGUCAAUGUCGGGGGGGGGGGGGGAGAUCAGGAAGCUCCAUCCAUCUGCAGAAUGGAAGAGGAGGGUAGCUUUGUAUAAAGCAGUGGACAAUAAGUUAGAAUGUAUAUAACAAUACAUAAAAUCAGCAGUUCAGUCUUUGACAUUGCAUGUAAUGUAUUUAUUGGAUGUAUAUCUCAUAAAGUAGUAAAGAUUUUGUGUGGUUUUUUUUUUACAAAAUCUACAUGCUUGAAUAUACCAUUUUUUUAAAAAAAAUCUGAUCAGGAGAGACUGACUUUGGUAACUUUCUUUAAAAGAGAGAAGAAGAAUGAGGCUCUUUGGUGACUGUGAAGUGUGUACAUGGGACAAGUAUUUGUGCUCUUCUGCAGACAUCACCCAUGGGACGUUGCACUGUUUUCUAGCUCUGCGCUGUUGCUCAGGCAGCUGAAGCAUUAUCUUAUUUGGAAUAUGGAAAGCAGAAUUGGACACCUGGAACAGCAACUGGAAAAAAACAGUAUGCCAAAGAUCAGGCCCAUUGCAGUGUGUUUUCAAUUUGUCAGAAUUCUUGCCGACUCUGAGUGGAAAAAGCAAAAUUGCAGUCUGCGCCAGUGUUUAGUUUUCCUCUUGGGUUUUUUCUUCUUUAUGAGCAGCUCAGGGCUGUUGUUUUGUUUGUCAGAUGGUGAAGUAGAAGCCAGAAUUAUGGUGGACUUGCCACAUGUGUACACACUGUGCCUUUAAAUCACAUUCAGAGAUGGGAGGGAGGGGAAUGCUCCUCACAAACAGCAAUGUAUAAUACUAAACUCUGCUUCCAUCUUCUUUAGCGUGAUUUCUUUCUUUCUGUACUGCAGAGGGAGAUUCAGGGCAGCUGUACCACAUACCCCUUUUAACAAGCUUGGCCCGGGCAUUUCCCAUACUUUUGUCUCUUUUUACCUUUCUUCAACUCAGCUGUUCAGUGUCUUUUGGAGUCCAAAUUUAAAUAUCCUUCAUGCCAUGUUUACAGUGGUACCUCAGGUUACAUACGCUUCAGGUUACAGACUCCGCAAACCCAGAAAUUGUGCUUCGGGUUAAGAACUUUGCUUCAGGAUGAGAACAGAAAUCGUGCUCUGGCGGCGCAGCAGCAGCAGGAGGCCCCAUUAGCUAAAGUGGUGCUUCAGGUUAAGAACAGCUUCAGGUUAAGUAUGGACCUCCGGAACAAAUUAAGUACUUAACCUGAGGUACCACUGUAUUUUGCAAAUCUAGACUCAGUUGCCAUGAUUUUUGAAUUGCCUUGCUUUUGAAAAUAGCACUCCUUGAAUGGAAGACGCUAUGGGAAAAACUGUGCGACUAUAAUCCUGGUCUGGUAUCUCAGAGAAAGAACCAGUAUUUUAAAACUGGAUAUAUCUUGUAGCCGGUAAAGACGUUGCACUAGAGAAAGCUACAGAGAUGUGAGAUGUGGGGAAAUGAUAAUGUUUUUGCGGCACAACCCCAAGUUCCCACAGCACCACCUUAUGCCAGGUGCAUUACAGCGCUUCGGUGCACACCUGAAUUAUGCAGUUAAAAUAUAGAGACUGUGUUGUUGCAAGGCUAAAAAUGAGGAGGAAGAGGAGAGUGGUGGCAGAAGGAUGAAGUAAGUGGUGGCCAGGUUGAUUGUAUCCACCACUCCAUGUUCACCUUACUAUGAGUGUACAAAUAGGAGUGGAUGAGUGUGUGGCUGUUCUUUGUGGCUUUUGGUGUUGUCCAUAUCCAGACUAUGGCUUGAUUGCUUGCUUCAAGCAAACCGCAUGUGGUAAGCCAGAAAUCAACCAAGGUUUGUUCUUAGCUUAUUUCUGGCAUACUGCUGGUUGGACACACCUGACAAAAUAAAUUUGAAAAAUAAAAAUAAUGAGAAGCCACGCUGUGACUUUUUUGAGCCCCAAAGGUGCUCCAUAAGGGAGAAGCCCAUGGCAGGAAGUAGAUACGUACAUUGGUACUUAAAGCAGUAUACAGCAUAGGGCUUGUUCUGGUCCCAUGCCUAGAAAGCGCGAGUCUGAGUGGUUUCUGCUUGUCAUGCACUUUCUAGGCAUGGGUUCGAGCAGUUUUGCCCUUCCCCCACCGUUUUCCCCUGGGAAACCUACUCUUUAGCAAUAAAUUGGAGGAAGCAUCGGUCCCAAGAAAAUCCUAUUGAUGUUUGCUCUGAUUCAGUGGUAAAGAUCAGGCUUCCUUGGGUGAAAGCGGUGGGGCAAGGGCAAGUCCGGAUGUCCCCAAAUUGGUUGCGGCAUAUUGGGAGAUGAAAACAAGGCCAGUGUCUAACGUCUCUUUGCAAAAUCUAUGUCACUUCCCUCAGAAUCUACCCUGAGGCUUUCAGCUAAUGAGCCCCACUAGUGGACAUCUCUGCAAAGACUUCUGUUAGUGCAACAGUGUUUUCCCCUUUCUUGCCUUUUCUCCUCCUCACCCCAAAUUGACUCACGGUGGUUGGUAGAACUCCUGAAACAGUAUGCUGGGAGGAGAGAGCGGAUGGCUCCAUUGGGCAAGCAGAAAUGCUUAUUCUGACAAAAUGAUCUGCUUAGCACUACACUGAAUUCCUCUCUUGGUUUGGGGAGUUGCAUAUUCCUCAAGUCUUAGAUUUAAUCAUGUUUUAUUCUGGUAUUGUGACAUAUACACACGACACAUUCUGUGUCAAGAUAACCCAAAUUCCACAGGUGCACAUUUGCUUACUUGAUGUAGCCUAAUUUGGACACAUCUGCCCCUUGAUGUAAUGUUUCCUGUUCUGCUUGGAAGAAAGUGCAAAAAAGGAAAAAAUAUAAACAUGCAUUUCAAAAAGACUGCUUAAGCUGGCUACUUUAAUGUCCUUAAAGCUAAAAGUAGCCAGUUUAAGUAUACUUUUUUUAAAAAAAGGUAUAUCAUAAUUUGCCAUCAUGGGGAUGUGCAAGAAUGGUUCAGGAUGCUGAAACUCCACCCCAUGAUCAGUAGCAAGAUUAUUCAGCGACACCUGUAGCUUCAUCAAUCAUUGCCUAUAUAUUUUAAAGAAUAUGACACAAUGAUCAGUACAAUGGUACCUCGGGUUACAUACGCUUCAGGUUACAGACGCUUCAGGUUACAGACUCCGCUAACCCAGAAAUAGUACCUCGUGUGAAGAGCUUUGCUUCAGGGUGAGAACGGAAAUCAUGCUCCGGCGGCGUGGCAGCAGCAGCAGGAGGCCCCGUUAGCUAAAGUGGUGCUUCAGGUUAAGAACAGUUUCAGGUUAAGAAUGGACCUCCGGAAUGAAUUAAGUACUUAACCCAAGGUACCACGGUACAAAUAUCCUAGCAUAGGGUCUUCAUGAAAUGAAAUUCUUUGAGCCAUACUACACUUCACACAUUGUCUGAUGCUUCACAACAGACACGCUUUUGGUAGUUAAGGCACUGGAAAUGCUCUUCUGCUACUUGAGUGCCAUUGUCAUUAAUUAUGUGCUAAUGUAGCCCCCAGCUGAUACACUAGGACAUAGAUUCAAACAUAACUUUCUAAUUGCACUGGGAUGAAAAGAACCCUAUCGAUAAGUGUCUCAUUUGGGUUGCUGGAGGGAAAUGAAUGACUAAGUCAACCUGAGGAUUGUGUUUGGAUAUGUGUUUGGUACAGAUGAGGUCUUUUAAACAAAACUGUAACCUCAUUUAAUCUCUUGAGAGCCAGUGUGGUAUAGUGGUUAAGAGCGGUAGAUUUGUAAUCUGGGGAACCAGGUUCGCAUCUCCGCUCCUCCACAUGCAGCUGCGGGGUGACCUUGGGCCAGUCACACUUCUUUGAAGUCUCUCAGCCCCACACACCUCACAGAGUGUUUGUUGUGGGGGAGGAAGGGAAAGGAGAAUGUUAAGACUCCUUCGGGUAGUGAUAAAGCGGGAUAUCAAAUCCAAACUCUUCUUCUUCUUAUCCCUCAUCCCAUCUCACAGACCCUGCCCACAUUUGCCUGGGUGUUUGGUGCAUCUUGGGUGUGUGACGAGGUUUGGAACGUUUUGGUGAAUCGUUUUAUGGCAUGAGCAAUCUCUUUUUACCCAUUUAUUUGAAGGGGUCGUGUUAACCUGCCUUCUUAAAUUUCUUUUCAGCUGGCAGGAGGAAUAAUUCUAGGUGUGGCAUUGUGGCUUCGUCACGAUUCGCAGACCUCAAGUAUCUUGGAAUCGAGGCUAGAUGACCAGCCGGCUCCUAGCACAUACUACGUUGGUAAGCAGGAACCAUGGGGGCUGGAAGGGGCUGGAAUGUUGUAAGAAUGAGACGGGGUGGAAAAGCGGUUUGUUCCUCAACAGCUCUCUGGAACAUUAUCUGUCCUUAAUAAAGCAAUGCAAAAAAGAAGGAGAGGAAAAAGAAGAGAGAAUAGCUAUUUUCUAUAAUGGCAAACAUUAUAACUAAACUAAACUUCCUACUGAAAGUGGUGCAGCUGUUGACUCUGUUGACUUUUUGCUUUUGGACACAGUAUAUAAUCAGGCUAGUCUGAACUAACCUGUAAACAGAGCUUUGGGUUACAGAGUGCAGACCGUCUCCUAGCCCCUUUUGGAGCUUUAUAUCAUGCUCUGUGCUAAAAGUGCAUGUGAAAUAAUUGUGUAGUGUCCAAAACUCAAACCCCCAGAAUCUGACAAAGUGCCUAUAUCUGUGGCACUUCUCAGUUUAAGAGGUGAAUCAGCUACAGCAGAAACUUCUGCAUUGUUAUCAGUAACCUAACAAAGCACCUGUCCAUAGGAAUACCUUAUUGCAUUGUACCUUAUACCUAACAUUCCUGUUCUCCUCUCCUCAUCUUCUGACCCUACCACCACCACUUUUGAAGUCUAUGUCCUGACUCUUUAACAUUCCGCCCACCAUAGGUUGCUUUGCUCUGGUGUGCUUGUGUGGAUUUAUCAUUAGUCAGUCUCAAGCACUGAGAGAUAAUGUUUCAGCCCAACGGCUGCAUUCCCUUUUGGGCAACCAUCUGUGGGCCACAUGGCAGUGGUGGGUGGGAGCAGAGGCCAAAGUGGCCAGAGGAACACAUGUAAAUUUCACCACCUGUGAAGUUUCUGCACACACACUCGCAUACCCUUCUCUGCCCUCCUUCCAGACAGACAAGAAGCUUUAUUAGAGCUCAGGGACACAUUUCUACAAGGUGAAGACCUCAAUAUGUGAAGUAGGGCCAGUGAGAGAUGUAACCUGGGGAGAGUUCUGAGGGCCAAAUGGAGAGAGCUGAAAGGCCACAUUCAGGUUGGAUGAGGUUUCCCACUCCUGGUUUAGCUGCUUUAUAGAAGUAAGCUGCUUGGCUGUCUGAGAUGAGUGCUUUAGUGGCUGAUGGAAAACAGGACUGUGACUGGUUGUGAUGUCAUAAUUGUGUUACCUUUGUUUUAUUUUCAUUUUGUUGUACUUUCCGUUUGGUUUUAAUCCCUGUAAACUGCUCAGAGAACUUCGGUUACAGGAAAGGCUGUUGAUUGUAAAAAUUGAAUAAAAAUGCUCAGAUUUGAAUUGCAAGGCUGUUGAGCAACCUUUGACGAAUUUAGGAUAAAUGGUAGCCCUUUUAUGUAAGGCACUGUUGGAAGUGACAUUAUCUUGAUUUAUACAAACUGAAGAGCUUUUAGAGCCUUUUAUCAAAAAGCAGGAGGCUUGUUUGAUAAAUAUGCUUCAAUGUUGUUGAACCAAAUAGAAAAGAGAAGGUUGAUCCUCUUGUGCAGCGAGUAUUUUGCUCAAAGGCAAGCAUUUCUUGAAUGUGUUGAGUCUGGGAUAGGGUGGGGGCGGACAUUCAAGCACAGCCAUCUUUUUCCACAGCUGAAUCUGCAUAAAGUUCUAUGCAUACCACCUGCUGCUGAGCAUGAGGGGAACUUGUAGCCCUCCAGAUGUUGUUGGGACUCCCAACUUCCAUCAUUCCCAGCCAGCAUUGCCAAUGGUCAGAGAUGAUGGGAGUUGUGGUCCAGCAACUUCUGGCAUGCCACAAGUUUUCCCUGUUCCUGCUCUACAGACUUUGUUGAGGGUGGGCAGGUUAGUAAAUCCCGUGCUGGUUUUAGAAGAGGAAUAGAACAGGAACACUCUCUCUUUGACUACCUGUCCUAAAGCUAGUAACAGGAAAACAUAGCAAAACUCCCAGCACUUUCUUCCAAAACCACAUUGGGAUGUUGGGGGCAGUAAGGCACAAGGAGACCUACAAAUGCGAUGCAGGUCAGUGAGGGUCCACUCGGAGGGGGCACUUGGUCUUUCCAGGACUUGGCUGGUGAGAGAGGAAGGAAUCACUUGCUUCAGGAUCCUAGACGUCCCUGGAUUUAGGGCAGUGUGGGCGGUUCCCCUGCACAGGGUGCUGAGCCAAGGUGGCGCAAAAUUGAGAAGAUUCAUUUGGGAGUGCCCAAUUUUGGCCUUGCUCAGGGAGCACCAUAUUACCAAAGAUUACCAGCAUUCACCUCUGCUAGACCUUUGCUUGCACGCAGCUCUUGCUCCAAGCCUCUGAAUGGUGAGGAGCUAUGGCUCGGCUGAGGAGGAUGCAGAGCAGCAGCUGUCUUCAAUUGCAGUGAUCAACGUGACUCAUGUUCUCCAGGCUUGCCUGCCUGGAUAAGUGUACUUAGGCUUAAUAUGAUCUCUCUCAUUUUUGUAAGUAAAUCAGCCAGACUGCUGACUUGCUCAGAAGCAGAGCCCUUUUUUGGAAUCAUCCAUCUCUGCAGGAGCAGCAGUCCAAAGCUUACAGCGCAUUAAGCUGUGCAGAGCAUCUGCUUUUGGUAUCCCACUUUCCUCACACAGCUUGGCAGCGCCACCAGCACUGAAGUGUUCCUCAGUGCCUAUUUCCAUGAUUUGUUUUUUUUGCAUGCUGCCCACUUGCUUUUUGCACUGAUUGGGAGAAUAUGGAGGCUUUGAGUCCUGUGUCGUGGAUGUGGAGCAGCGGAAGGCAGAAAGACCAGGAAGUGGUGUGAUGUGGUCAGCAGGUUAUUUCUCCAGAAUUUCUGGCCUACAGAAGGAAGCAAUGUCUUUCUAUCUCUCUCUUUUGCCAGUAUUUGUUAAACAUCCAGCAAUCUGCUUCCUAGUAACAUUGGAAGUAUUCCUAAUAUGCCUGCCGUGUGUGGGUGUGUGAGAGAGAAGCUCAGAUACCUUAUUAAUAGAAGCUGAUAUGGCAGAGCUGUGAGUGACAAGAGUUUUAAAGCGCAGCUGAAUUAGCUUCUUGUGUCCAAAAACAUAUGGCCCACCCUCUUGUGGAGCUGCCAACAUGUUGCUGUGUGAGAAUCAUGCAGAAAAGGCGCUGCUUGGAUUCCUCAGGGUUGUUUUUUAAUUUCCAUUCAGUAAUAAAUAGCAGACCAUUUUGUUCAACUGUUCUCAACCCGAGGCUCCCCAAGUCUGGAGCCUCUGAUGCCUUCUAAUUGAAAGAUUUGUUUCCAGACUUGCCACACCCUGCUUUGCUCUAGUGACUCCACUCCACUUGGCUAUUCCUGGUUCACGGAGAGAGAGGAAAAGAGGAAUCUUGUCCAGUGAACUUAAGGAUAUGUGCUGCUCUGCUUCCACAUCCCUUGUAUCAUUUCUCAGACCUCAAACAUUGGAGCAUUUCUGCAUGUUAGAACUCAACGUAGAGCUGUCCUCCUCAUAAAAUAUCCUCCGUACUGUAUAUUAGGACACAUUUGCAAAUUCACAUGCAUGUUGCUUAAUUGGUCUGCUUCUGCAAUCCGAAAGGAGAGGGGAGGUCACAGCAUAUGGAACGUGUUGUUUCAUUUCUCUUGUGAGGGUGUGGGAACGAAGGAGGGGGAACUUUCAGAUUGUUAGAAGAUGCAUGAACUGUGAGCUGUGCUGAAAGACUUCCCUCCCUCCCACCCCCUCCAUCCCAAAUCUUUCCCUCUUCUUGUUUUCAACAAACAUGCCAGCACGCAAGCAAUAUUUUCCCUCCCCUCUUCAACUGUGAAUUCUAGAAACGUUUAUAAAAUAAAAGCUGAGCUUUCAAGGAGUACUGUAUGUUCCAUCUGCUGAAUCCUGUGGUUUUUAAGUUCCAUCGGAGCCUUGGGCUAUAAGGGAGAAAAGACAGCAUUAACUUUCAGGGGAGAGUGCGCAGCCUGCUACCAGCCCUGUGCUAACAAGCCGUGUUUUGAUAGCUGGCUUUGCCUACAUGAGAUGGCCUCUGAAGCGACCAUUUUGAGGGAGUGGGUUUGUAGUGUACUGAGAUCAGCACAGUGGCGAGGAAGUAAUAACUGGGUAGGAGGAGGAGGAGGAGGAGCUCAGUGCGAUCACUUUUGCCAAAGCCCUUACGAGCCACGGAUGGAGGAUGCAGUGCGGAGUGAGUGGGAAGCAACAGGCAGCUGUGAGGAUUAGGAGCCGACUAGGGGCAGACAUUUGUGGUGUGUGUGCUGGGUGUGUCUGUGCGGGAUGGCUGCAUCUCACUUCUCAGAAAUGGAGCUCCCUGCCUGGCUGCAGAGAAGCCUCCCACCCCUAUGCUGCUUUCUGUGUUUGUUCUUCGGCAGCUCCUCAUUCCAUCUUGGCAGAGUGAGUGGAGCAGCUGGAUGUCUUUUUCGAUGCUAGCAGGAGGGGUGUGUGUGUGUGUGUGUGUGUGUGUGUGUGUGUGUGUGUUUCCCCGCCCCCUCCUUCCACUGCAGCUCUGGCUGUGAAGGCUGGGCCUUCGUGCCACGGCGCCUGUUUACCGUCAGCUAGAGAAAGAAGAGUUCCUUCUCCUGGGAGUGGAGGAGGGAAGGGCCAGGCAACGAUGUGAAAUGGAGGGCGGCGGAUGAGGGCAGAAAAAGAGAAGCUUUACCAUCGAUGAUACAGUCCCAAGGCCUUUCCUCAAUGGUAUCUGGCUACAAAGCUAUUGCUACAAUGGGCCGGAGCUGCGGUCUUGGUUAACGUAUCCCCCAGCUCAUAAAAAAAGCUUGAGAUCAGGGUGUCUCUCUGCCCCUGCCAGAAAAUAUGUAACCUGUCAUGAAGAUGCAUCCUCCUAGUAUUUUCUCCCAACAUUUGCUUUGACUGCUUGUUUAAAUUGGCAUGGUGCCUUGGUUGAUUCUGGUUCUUGUUCAGGUCUAUACAGCCGGUCAGUUAUGGAUCCCAGUGGACACAUGCCAUGUACUCCAUAGGUGCUAGACCCCUAUAGUAAUGCAAGAGUAUCCUGCAGCAGCUUGUUGCUUUCCCUGUUGUUUUUUUCCAGACCCUGCACACCUGGUUCUGUGUCACAGCACCAAAUUGUUACUCCAUGAGGCAUGCUAGCUGCAAAACAUUUUUAUGCUAUGGAUAUCCCAAAUAGUUGGGUGGCUAAAAUUAUUUCUAACUUUUAGAUAUAUAUAUAUAUAUUAAAAAAGGCAUUUGGAUUGCAGAUGCAGACUUACAGACUUGAAGCAAUGGGCCUCUUAUUUCCUAACACUUGUUUCCUUUCAUCCUAUUUCUACUGGUUCUUUUUUAAAUUGCUCUGGUUUCAACGUCAGAUGCAUCAAUGCUUAAGCAUAUUUAUCACAGUGAAUUCAGUGGGGCUUAGAAGGUAGAUGCAAACUUUAUGAACUUUAUGAACUCUGGUUAUAAGACAGAAAUAUCCUGACUUUGAAUUGCAAAAUGCAUUCACAGCUGAUAGUGCUAAAUUAUGGUUCCCAUGUGUUUUUGAUGUCCCCCUGGUGACAAAUGUAGAAGCAGCCCUGGGAGAGAAGGACUGGACCCCAAUAUCUCUGCUGUCAUCAGCUCAUGCCAGCACGGCUAAGAGUCAGGGGGAAAUGGCUGUUGUAAUCGAACAAGACCUGAACCACACUGGUUACCCCUGUUACAGAGGAAACUUGGCUUGGGAGUCAUUUUUAUUUAAGGAAUUUCUCCCUUGAAUGAUCUGGGGGUGAGAGCUAUGUGUGUCAUCAAGGGUUGGACUGUCCCUCCUUCUCAGCCCUACUCGCCCUGCCCUAAGAGUCCUUGCUUAAGGAGCUGCUACCUUUGGGGGGUUGCCAAAGGGGAAGCUAUCCUUUGGAAGGAUGCAGUGUCAAGGUCCAGACACUUGACUUAAGGGAGCUGAGCAGUGAUCUCCACCCAGCUAAGGAAAGCUCCACCCCAGUCGGCCUGUACUAUUCUGAGACUGCUUGUACACACAGCAUUUUCCUUGGGGGUGGGUUGUUUCCUUCUUAGGCCACUGCAACCCACCAGAGAGGAACGGCAACAGAAUCAGCAAGCUUGGUAGGAAAAGGCUAAGAAAAGCUAGGUUCCCGCUGCCUGCUUCUCCAUCACCAGAAAGCUAGAGAUACAGGUGUUCUUGGCUCCCAUGUUACAGAAGAAAACAAAGUCAAUCCAUAGUUUUGUGGGGGAGCAUGACAGAUUUAAAGAUCAGUGGUGGGUAGUGGCGUAGCGUGGGGGGUGCAGGGGGGGCCGGCCGCACCGGGCGCAACAUCUGGGGGGGGCACGCUCGCACUCGCAGCUCUCUGCCCCUACCUGGCUCACUCACUCUCUCUCACUGCAGUGCUGGCUGUGCGAAUCCAAUCCGAGCCGCUGGGUCGCCGCCCACUGUGGAGGGGGUGGGUGCCAGGCGUGGGGUGCGGAGAGAGAGCAAGGGACUAUCUGGGGGAGGGACAGUGCAGCGGCCGCCCAGCGCAGCGCUGAGCACGGGAGAGAACCACACCAGACCAGACCAGGCAGCAGCAAGAAGAAGCUGGCAGCGGCGGCAGGUUAGGGGUUAGGGGGGGCGCAAAUUACUUGCCUUGCCCCGGGUUAGGGGGCGCAAAUUACUUGCCUUGCCCCGGGUUAGGGGCGCAAAUUACUUGCCUUGCCCCGGGUGCUGACAACCCACGCUACGCCGCUGGUGGUGGGUUAUAAGUUUGCCCCAGAAUCGACUAAUAUCUUCAUGGGUUGGUUUGAACAGCUAGAGGGCAUGCAAGAAAGUAAAAGAAAAUGAAUGUGUACAAUACAUUUAAAGUAGAAUUAUACAAUUUUAAUGGUACGCGGGUGGCUCUGUGAAUUAAACCACAGAGCCUAGGACUUGUCGAUCAGAAGGUCGGCGGUUCGAAUCCCCGCAAUGGGGUGAGCUCCCAUUGCUCAGUCCCUGCUCCUGCCAACCUAGCAGUUUGAAAGCACGUCAAAGUGCAAGUACAGUGGUACCUCAGGUUAAGUACUUAAUUCGUUCCGGAGGUCCAUUCUUAACCUGAAACUGUUCUUAACCCGAAGCACCACUUUAGCUAAUGGGGCCUCCUGCUGCUGCCGCGCCGCCGGAACCCGAUUUCUGUUCUUAUCCUGAAGCAAAGUUCUUAACUUGAAGCACUAUUUCUGGCUUAGUGGAGUGUGUAACCUGAAGCGUAUGUAACCUGAAGCGUAUGUAACCCGAGGUGCCACUGUAGAUAAAUAGGUACUGCUCCAGCAGGAAGGUAAACAGCGUUUCCGUGCGCUGCUCUGGUUUGCCAGAAGCGGCUUAGUCAUGCUGGCCACAUGACCCGGAAGCUGUCUGCGGACAAACGCCGGCUCCCUUGGCCUAUAGAGUGAGAUGAGCGUGCAACCCCAGAGUCGUCCGCGACUGGACCUAACGGUCAGGGGUACCUUUACCGUAUACAAUUUUAACCAGUUAUGGCUACCGCCCCCCGCCCCCCGGAAUCCUGGGAACUUAUUUGUUAAGGGUGCUGAGAAUUGUUAGGAGACCCCUAUUCCCCUCACAGAGCUACAGAGUUCCUUGGGGAGAGGGAUUGAUGGUUAAACCACUCUGAGACAGAUUAGACAAGAGGGUCCUGUUUUAGGCACAUAGAUACAACAUAACUGUUGUUGGACUAAAUAGCUUCCCAGUAUCGAUUUACUGCAUGCUCCUUUUCCACGUUCCUUUGACCUUCCUAUGCCCUGUACACAUUAUUUCUAAAUAGACUUUUCCUUUGAUUUGUCAGUUUUGCAGCAAUCUUCCCCCUUGGCUCCUCUGGGCUGAACAUGGAGUUCUGGGCAAUGCAUCCAUCGUAAAACAAUGCAUCCAGUCUAAAAACCUGUGAAACAUGAAGAACAACUUUGUUUUUUCAUUUUUCUUUAAAAUUGUAGCUCUCCUAAUCAGUUGGUUGGUUUCAGGAAGACUUGAAUUUCAGUCUUUUCUCCAGAGCUGACUACUUGGACUGUCCAGGGCUGACUCUUAGUAGCCAGAGAACACCAGAUCCCUGAGAGGUCUUCCCCAUGGCUGGGCUUGACUUUGCCAUUGCAUUGACUUUGCUGCAGCAAUAUGCAGAACUUGUCAAUGACCACAAAAUAACCAAAGUUCUUCUCAUAAAGAAGUAGAAGCAGGGACUUCCCACCUCCUCCACAGCAGGGACUUCCCAUCUCGUCUGCCUUUCACCAAGAAAAGAGACAGCAAAUGAAUCUGAAAGGGUAUGCAAAUAGCCACAGAGUCCAAAAUAAGAGAGCUGCUGACUGCUCCCACUCAGCUGAGCUGCUGAAGAACAUGUGCCCUCCCUCAGUAUGUCUGCCCAUCUUGCAAUUUCCAUCACUUUUUUGAACUUAAGGUUCACACAUUUAUAUAUAUAUAUGCAUGACUAUAGAAGGGAUCCUAUAAAUUUUCCACUGAUGCUUUUUUAGUAUACACUCCAAAUUUAUUAUUUCCAAUAUUUUUUCUCAUGUGUCUUUGUGUACAGAGAGAGAUCUCCUAAUCAGUUUGUUGGAAUUACAUAGUGAUCCCACAAUAGCAAGGGGAUUGUAUACUUUUACCUAAAGUACAGAAAGUUUGGCUUCAGAGUUUUGUCUUUUUUGUCAUGGAGCUACAGCGGGUGGGGAGAGUUACUGGAGGAGGAGUACUCAUGAUGUGAGAUUCUCCAGAGAACAUCUGGAAUGAUUUCCUGCCAGAUAGCAUUCUUUCGGUAUAAGAUAGGCUCCAUGUAGUGUAGCAAGUUCUUCUCAGGAAAGCAGGGGAAAGCAAGGAGUAGACUUUUCUCCUACUCCUACUUGUAUCACUUGAGAAGGCUGGAGUAGGCUUACCUGUAGAGAUAUUCAGGGUGUGGAUCACUACAACUAUAUGGGGAGUUUCCGUGUAAAAGACUUAUUACAGUCCCUGGUUCUAGUACUUGGAGGAAAUGUCCUGGUUAAGUGAAGGAAAACACUUAACCUAUAAUAGUAGUAGUCAUAGUAUUCAUUUCAUUUCUUUACCACUUUAUAUUUUUAAGAAAUAAGCAGCGCUUUACAACACAUUAAAACAUCAAAUAAAACAAUCCAGAAUAAAACAUUUCUAGAGAAAGUCAAAUGCAAAGUAUACCCAUUCAAAGCAACAUAGUUAACAGCAAACUAAAAUAGUAUCUUAAAGAUUUCAAAACAGAACAUUACAAAGCAGGUCAACCACAGAAUGCACAUUUAACGCAGCAAAGUUUUCUAAGAAAAACCUGAAAGGAAACAUUGCUAAAGGAAAUCAAAUAUAAAAUGCAUAUUUAAAACAGCACAAUUAACUAGAAUAAAAUAUCAUAAGCAUGGAACAUUGCUGCUGCUGUUGCUGCCAAUCCUCUCAAUGGUGGUUCAUGAUGAGUGGCAGCUAUGGAAGCGCUGGCUCCGUGACCUGGGUCUGCACUAAGAGAUGGCCAAGAUGGUCCCAGCAAUCUUGCUACUACAUAUUUUCCUACCCAUUCUUCUUAAGUUCCCAGGCUCCACAGUUUAAGAAGAAAUCAAACUUGGGCUCUAGCCACAUUACCCCUCUCAGAAAUCAUUGUAUGUUCCCUUUUUUUGAUUAUGUUGCCUAUAAAACAUGAAAAGAGUAAGAAUGUGGUCAGGAAAUAAAGAGAGUGCUCUUCCUAAACUUUGCCUUGUUCCUUCUCUUGUCUGUUUGACAACAACAGGUAGUGAAAUUGGCAGGUGUGAGCAGGAAGAGAUAUAGCCAAAUGAUUCCAGCAUUCCAAGAAUUUCUAUGGAUGCAUUUAUUGCCUGUUUUCUGGGCUGAAGACUGAGGCGAUGGAUCUGUCUUCACACCCUAAGUUUUGGCUCUGAUCCUAAAAACCCAGUUGUGCGAGCUAAUCCUGAUGGCAGAUGCAGUUUCACCUGUCACCAGAAGUGUAGCUCUUCAAUAAAUGGUUGUACAACACAGUUUUUUUGAGGGGGGAGGUGCCAAGCAAUUUUUGACGAGAGACAAGUAUGACUCUAAUGAAGGUUUGGUCAUAAAGGAAUUGUGUCUCAAUGGAACAGCAUUUGUCUGCAUUCAGAUGACUGGGUGGCUCCAAGAGAGAUUUGGAAGACACCCCAGUUACUGAAGGGUCAAGAGGUCUUUUGUUUUACUUUUCUCUGAAAAAGGAAACGCAGUGCUGACCAACCCAAUUCUCCAGAACUGCUUAUGGAGUUCCCCACAUAGAGUGAACUCUCAGCACUUACUUUGCAGAGAAAACAACUUCUUGACUGUAGAGUGUCCAAUAUAAAGAAGUUAGUCUCGGGGGGGGGGGAGAUGCUCCCCACAGGCUCAGAUGCUGCAGAUGCAAGUGGCUUAUCGCAUGUCAUUAAAUCUACACUGCUACAUUUUCUUAAAAGGAGUUUCUACUUUGCUGAAUUCAGUUUAGUUGGAUACAAGGGGCCAUUGUCUGUCUGCUUGGGAGGUUUGUUGUUGUUUUCAUUUUAAAACUGCAUAGAAUAGUCCCACUCUUAUUUGCCUCCAGUUGUCUAUUUAGCUCUGGCUCUCCGGGACAAAGAGAAACUCAAUAAAGGCUGUCUGUCUGUGUCUUAGAAUGAAUCUGGCUUUUCUCCCAAAGGCUUCUCAAUCAUUUUAUUGCUUUCUGACUUCAGUUCCAUUAUCACACUUCUUUCCCACUCUCCAUCCCACUGCUUACGAUGGAACAGCUUCCACUCUCUUGGGUGCCUGUCAAGAAACAGGAGGAUGAAGUCACUGAGUAUUGGAAAACUCCUCGAGUCUAACUGCCUGAAUUAUUUUCUUCUGUGAAUUAUUCCAAAGAAAUUUGAGGUGGUCAGGAGGAGCUGCGUACUGAUGCAUUUCCAGUGUGCAAACAAGAGUCUUGUUGAACCUUUAAGACUUGUGGUGCCUCCAGACUGUCACUAUUUUGUGGGAUGGAUUUAAGUACAUGCUGUUAACUUUAGGUUUGCACAAUUAAAGUUCCCUGUUGCCCUAGCACAACAAGUGCACUAACUAACUAUAUAUAUAUAUAUAUAUAUAUAUAUAUAUAUAUAUAUAUAUAUCUCUCUCUCUCUCUCUCUCUCACACACACACACACACACACACACACACACACUCUGAAUAUGUGGUUAGGAAAAUUACAGAGAAAUUCACAAAAGUGUGGGAUAAAUGAAUGAUGAAUGGGAAGACAUGUUAGCAACCACAUAUAUACACAUGGUUUGUGGGGGAGGGGGAUAAAGAGUGUGAACAAUGAGGUCGGGAAAAUGAAAUGCAUAAACAGGGAUAAUUAUGUAAUUAACAGUGAUUCACAAAACAAAUGUUAGUAACGCAGACAUCCUGGCACUGGAAAGCCACUGGCUUUCAGCAGCUUCCUUGCGGGGGUUGUAAUAGCUCAUCUUUCUCCACGCUGAAGUCCUAAACAUGGCUGCUUAAGGGCAGGUCUCGUUGGAAUGGGUGGCACUUGCUUUUCAAGAAAACGCGUUUUGGGACUUGAAUGCAGGAAUAACAGUUCUACAAACCAAAAGCAUCUCUUUAUAGAAAGUUCUUAAUUCACAGGGCCAGGGCACAGCUAGGGGAGAGGGAAGAUUUUUCUGUAGGUCUCAUCCUCCCAGUAAGGCAAGAGCAGGAAACCACAGCUCUGUAUUAGGAGUGUAGGCUUUGCAUCCUUAAGGUUGCAGGUUCAGGGCCUAGUGUUUUCAAGAAGGGCUAGGGAAGGCUUUUACUAGAAACACCUGGAUAGUGUUUUUUACAGAAUGCCAUAAAGAGCUACCUUACAUAAUGCAGCUUGGUAAUGAUAGCUCCAGUGCCUGGUUCUGUGCUCAUUGCAGAUAUUUGCAUUAUCUAGAAAGGUGUUUUUCUGCCUGGAGGUGAUAAUUUUCUUGGGGGAAAGCGGCUACUUAAUCUACUUGUUUCUUCAUGAUCUGAUACAGGAGAGAUUAAACUUUAGUACUAACAGAUGACCUUCUGUCUUUGUUUUUGCAUUUCUCUCUCCUUUUUAAAUAAAAAAUAAUAAUAAUAAAAUCUUCAGCUGUACACCCCCAAAAUAGUAAUUGUGCAGCUUGCAAAAGCUUUCGUGUAAGGUCUUUGUGUGGGGUUCCUUGUCUCUCCUCUGGCCUCCUGCCGAUCUACCUGACAGUGUGUUUAUGCCAUUCCUAUUAGAUCGAUGCCUCCUGGUCCACAUAAGACCUCUCUAGUAUUGGCUGGCUGCCGUUUCUCAUCUUGAACCCAUUCUAGAUUAAAAGCAGAGCUCCUUUCCCUCUGAAGAAUGUUACUUCACAACAAAUGGGAUGGAAAGACAUCUUCUGUUUUAUAACAAGCCUUCAGGUUUAUAUGACUGUAAAGGUCUGCCCUCCCACCCCCACCCCCCACUCUGUGUUUUACAGUAGCAAGCAGUUCGCCUCCCACCUCUCCACCAUCUGUGUCAAGCGCUUGGCAGGUUGUCGGUUUAGGACAGUUUCUGUAACAAGCUGGCUUUCUUCAUGGCUGGCAUUCUGUAGGCACAGUCAGAUUUCGGGUGUUUCAUUGCCAGCAGUUAACAAGGUGCUGGGAGCUCUUGACAUUUCCUUUUAGAAUUUCCCUAUAUAUUGCUAUAGGACUCUUUGAUGCUGCACUGUUGCUUUCAGGGAUAAGUAUAACUCCCACCCCAUUCUUUCCCUAGCAAACCAGCCAUGACUUUUGAUUAAGUUACCAGUUAGUAGCAUGGAAAUUUAUAAAUAGCAACAUUAUUGUUGAUCAUAGAGUUUCAUUUUUAUCUCUCAUAACAUGCUGGCUUCAUCCUGAUUCUCUUGAACGGUGAUGUUCAAAACUUUCUGCCACUGCGGAACCCUUUUUAUGGUGGCUCAACUGCCAACAAGCUUAUUUGAGGCUGCUAUGUCUAAGAGGAUUCUGGGGCAUGUUCUGUGGUGCACCCUGAAUUAUUGUGGGCUGGUGCUGGCCUGGCUAGUUCAGCCCUCUUUCUGGUGCUUAUAUUGAACUGAGAAGCUAGAUUUAGGCAUUCAUUGCAAAGGUACGAAAGGGGUCUUUCAGGUAAGUUCAGGUGAGAAUGAUUAGACUCCUCCCUAUGGUUGGGUCCCUGAUUGUUCGGGAUUCCGGAUCACAUCUAAGCACACUGAACUUAGAAGCUCCCUUCAUAUGGGUACAGAAAAGAAAAACAGAAAAAGGGAGAGAAAAUGGCAGCAGUGAAAUGAGAAGGUGAACAUAAUAGAAAGUGAUGAAAGGCUCUUUUGGUAACAAAACACAGGCAUAAAUAAUGAUGACUUGCCCUCUUGUUCAGUAUCAGCCACAAACUUCAUUGAAGAGGAAACCACCAGAAAUCAAGAAAGAGGAUGCAACUACUAAAAGAAUUCAGAAGUUUGACCAAUGAUACAUGAAAUGCUUUUUAAUUUGCAUGCACAGAUCCAAAACUGGCGUGUUAACAAAAAUAAAGGUACCCAUGCCGCCAUCUUUCUUGGCCCCAUCCAAACCAUCUGUUCUGGCCUCUGCCCACAGAGUUAUGCUAUCUUCACUCUGCUAUUGCAAAGCUUCCUGUUUCACCCACUGACAGGCUUCUUGCUGGCAGUAGCCCAUGGAAAGCCACAAAACAGGAUGUUCUGGGGCCAGGGAAGAACUGACCCAAUGGAUCCUGAGCUAGCCCCACUUGAUGGGUGUGGGUUCAAUUGCUACUACAGCUCCAGGCUGGCUUUGCCUGCCCCCCCUUCCUCCCCUGCUGGUGUGAGCAGAGUGGUGGUGUUCUGGAUUAAACAAAUGCACAUCCCUCAUCACAAGCUGUUUCUGAUCAGACUUCCUUCGUUGAUGCCUGUGCCUUCCUUUUGUCUUCCCUGACAGGAAUCUACAUCCUGAUUGCUGUUGGAGCUGUGAUGAUGUUUGUGGGUUUCCUGGGCUGCUAUGGUGCCAUUCAGGAGUCACAGUGCCUUCUUGGAACAGUAAGAUACCAUUUUUACUUCCUUACCUUUUCCAUUAAUACCUUGAUGAUAACCCAGCAGUAGAAAGGGUUGGUGUUCAUUGAGGGGACAAGUAUAUCUGUGGUUUAAGCGCACUUUUGGUCCUGUUCAGCUGGCAGCUUUUGUCCAGAAGAAAUGGGGAAACUGCAAUUUAUUUGAUCCCAAUUUAUGUCUGUGAAAGACUUCUGUGGUACCAUCUAAAUCCCAAGGGUGCUCAGCAUAUUGCCACUAUGUUCCUCAGUGAUAAAGGGAAAGCCAAGCAUGUGUGGUUUAGUUAUUGUAUCUCUAGGUAUCUAAAUUACCCAAAUAUUAAAUUAUUAUUUGUGUAAGAUUGCCUUGUCCUCCUAGAGAACAGCAGUAUGUCCUAGUACAAAAUGAGACGGUAGUAUUUGCCUGGUUCAUGAAGUGCUCUGAGAUUCAUGUUCUCUCUCUGUCUGCCUCCAUCCCCACUGCCUGCCUCCUUCCCUCUCAUCCUCUCUACCCAGCAGGCUGCCAAGGGUGGGACAGAUCACUCUUGCCAGAGCCCUGGACGGAUUGCUCACACGGGCCUUUUGAAACAAGGCCUGAGAGCUGCUGGUUGCCUGGCCCUGCUUUUAAAUUAUGUCAGUGCUGUGUGAAAGUAAAUGUCUGCCAAGGGAAGACCAAAAUCAAAACAAAGGCUGAACUCUUGCAAAUAGCAAGGAGAACAAGCCCCAGGAAAAUAGAUCCACAAUCAAUAAUUUAAAACAGAAAAGCUGCCUGAAAUGUGCAGAAUGCAGUUUUAGGGGAAAUAACCCCUAAACUUGGAACUUAAUUGGCUGCGUCACCAUGUCUGGCAUUAAAAACACAAAGUCGCAAGGCGGCUACCUUCCCUGUUUUAUAGUAGUGCUCUUUUGGAAAAAAGAAUGUAAGAAGAGCCUUCUGGUUCAAGUCAGUGGCCUGUCUAUUCCAGUGGUCAGUCAGCUGCCUGUGGGAAGCCUACAAGCAGGACCUGAGCACAACUGCACUUUCCCUCCUAUGGUUUCCAGUGAGCGUAAUGUCUCCAACAGUGGGAGCAGAACGUAGCCAUCAUAGCUAGUAGCCGUUGAUAGUUCUAUCCUGCAUGUAUUUGUCUAAUCCUCUUGAAAAGCCACCCAAGUUGGUGACCAUCAUUGCCUCUUGGGAGCCUCUUGCCUUUUUUAAGGUUGCAUUUUCUUUCUUGCCCAUGAUGGAGUGCAUACGUACCCUCCUUUUUGUGUUGCUAUAAUUCAUUGCAUAAACAACCCUCUCUUGCCCUGGGAAUGCUCAAGCUCACCCCUUUACGUGUGGUCUACAUUUGUAAAUUGAUUGGAGACUUGUGAGAGUAUCACAAUUUGGAGACUUCACCGGACAGUCCCAUGCACUCUUCUACCCCGUUGUCGCUUAUGAAGCUGUCACUCCCUGGCUUCUCUGUUAUUUGUGCUCUGCCAGGCUAUUGCAAGUCCUCUGGGAAGCACUGUAAUUUCUCCUGUUCUGUAUAUAAAACGUCCACUGGCACUUGAAGUGCUCAGUAGCAAUUGCUCGUAACUGUCUCUUGAGCAUUGUAGACAAAUGUCUGAGGACUUUCUGGAAAGUAGUGGGAUUUUGCUGCAACUUUCCAAAAUACACUACUGUAUAACAUUGUUCCAGCGUUUUUUACAGGAUGAGCAUGAAUGGCUGAGAUAUUGCUACAGGAGGCCUUUUCUCAAGGCUUCUCAGCUACACCAGAGUGUUUGCAAUUGUCUUCUGGCAUUGUGAUGCUAGUGCACAACGUUUACUUAUCCUGGUCUUUCUAGUCACUUGCUGUGUUAGCACAUUGUGCUCCCUCACCACUUUCUUCCUCUUUGCAUGGCCAAGAAGAGAACUUCUGCCAAGUUCUGUUCUGUGUUUAAAGACUCUCUGCUUCAUGUGACAUAUGAACCAAAUAUCUUGCUGCAAAACAGACUCUAGUCAGUGUCAUAAUUCAAUUUCAAACCAUGAGUUAUAAAGCUGCCUUAUUAAGCUAGCCGGAGCUUUAUAAAAACAAAACAAAAAACAGGAUUUCUGGUUUGUACAUAGCAGUAAGCUGAGAUCCUUUAAAAACAGAACUAAACUCUGCAGGUGGGGGAGUUGGGUGUGCAUGAAUCUGAUGCUUCACUCCAGAUGCUGUGGACUACAGUUCCCAUCAUUCCUGGCCAUUGGCGAUGCUGGUUUGGGCUGAUGGGAGUUGUAGUCUAUAACAUCUGCAGAGCCUACCCCUGCACAAAACCAUGAUUUAGCAUUGCUUGCCAACUGAGCCACUGUUUACAAUGAGACAGCAGCCUUAAAUGGAAGGCUCAGAAGCAGAAUGCAUUCCCUUUGAAUUGAACUGUAUGGGGAUGUGGAAUACACAUUGAUUUGUGGUUUCUCAAAGAGGCCACUAUUGUCCUGGUGAGAUAGUGAUGGCUCUCCAUUCAUGAAGUUCACUAUUGACCCUUUUUAAUCUCAUACUCUUGACACCCCCUAAACGUAUUUGCACACUCCUACCAAAGUCAUUCUCUGUUACUGGAGAGCACUACUUCCUUUUCUUAUCUGAUCUGUUUUCUUCACAGUUUUUCACAUGCCUCGUAAUCUUGUUUGCUUGUGAAGUGGCUGCUGGAAUCUGGGGCUUCGUUCAUAAGGAUCAGGUAAGGGGAUUCAUUAGGAGGAUUCAUAAUGUAUAUUUAUGCAGAACCGGUAAGUUUCCAGCACGACAAAGAAUCUCAUGGUACCUUAAAGGCCAACAUUUUUAAUGUGGCAUGAGUGUCCUAGGCCAAAACCUGUUAAGUUUGCAAAGUGACGUAGUUUCUCCUCACAAAACCCCUUGUUGACGGUAGGUUAGGCUGGAUGCCCAAAAAUAUAUUUAUAAAUGACCGGGCUGUUUUGUAUUCCUUUACUUGUUUUUCUUCACGUACCAGCACCUAGGUGUGACAGCAUACUAGACCUCUCCCUUCCUCCCCUCAGACAGUGAUGUGAGGAAAUGCCUGGCGUGUUGAUCUCCAUGUAGUUUACAUUUGAUGCAUUGCAAGGAAAAUAAGACCAGACCCUCUUUUUAACAUCUAAUUUGGCACAGGGAGCUGGUAAAGGUAAAGGGACCCCUGACCAUUAGGUCUAGUCAUGACCGACUCUGGGGUUGCAGCGCUCAUCUCGCUUUAUUGGCUGAGGGAGCCGGCGUACAGCUUCCGGGUCAUGUGGCCAGCAUGACUAAGCUGCUUCUGGCGAAGCAGAGCAGCGCACAGAAAUGCUGUUUACCUUCCCGCCUGAGUGGUACCUAUUUAUCUACUUGGACUUUGACGUGCUUUCAAACUGCUAGGUUGGCAGGAGCAGGGACCAAGCAACGGGAGCUCAGCGGGGAUUCGAACCGCCGACCUUCUGAUUGGCAAGUCCUAGGCUCUGUGGUUUAACCCACAGCGCCAUGGUGAUUACUCCCAAAACUUUACAGUGAAGCUAGGUUAGGAAUUUGGGGUGGUAUACAACAAAUUAGUUAGCUUAGUGCAAUGAUUUUGGGCUGCACGGCAGAACUUUCCCUCCUCCUCUCCCUGUGUGUCGCCCAUGCACCCCUUGAAUUGGUUCUGGGGAUUCCCCCAACUCUGCAGAGCAGAUUUGAAGAGGGUGCAGGAAGAGGAAAGGGAGGGGAACUGCUUUGUUGGAUACUACCCUUGAUCCUGGGUUUUCCACUCUGAAACAAAAUACUGCAACUACAUCACCACAGGGCACAUUCACAUGAGGCAGAGCAUGGUUCUGUGUGGUGCCUUCCACAUAUUUUGGACAGCUGUGAUGGCUAUGGCUGAUUGUCCAAAACGCUUUGAGGGCACCAGCUUGGGGAAAGGUGUUUGCAGCUCCUCUUUUGCAGAUGUUUUAACAGGUCCAGGAUAGUCAGGAACUAUGCAGCAACACAAUAUCCCAACAAACGUUUUGCCCUACCCUUCUUUCCUACCUGCUGAGAACAGCCCUCUAGCUCUGGAGGCCAGAUGAACCAACUGCAUCUGUUUAAGAGCCAGAGAUCAUGCUAAUGUUUUAGUCCAUAGCUGCUGCAGAACUUCUGUUGUAUGUAUACAGUUGUUCCCUAUGCGCUUCCACAGACUGUCGUGACAUACAAAAUACAACUCCCUGCCCUGAGAGUUUCCAAUCCAAGUUUCAGUAUAGGGGGAGACGGGAAACAAGAGGCCCAGGCGAGAAGGGCUGGAUAAUACAAGAGAGUUUCUAAAUAUAGACUUUGUUUCAGUUGUACAUUCCUGUGAUUCGGUAAAGACAAGCGUUGCCUCGGGAUCAAGUGUUGGCAACGUUCCCUCUGACAGCUGAGUGCUCUAACCUGAAUAACAUAGGGGGUACUAUGUUCAGAGUUUUGAGAGUGUUGGUGAUCCGGCCUCUUUCCCAGUUGGUUACAGCAUGGUGCUGAGAACGCCAAAGUUGCAGGUUCAAUCCCUGUAUAGGGCAGCUGCAUAUUCCUUCAUUGCAGGGGGUUUGGACUAGAUGAUCCUCAGGGUCCCUUCCAACUCUUCUAUGAUUCCUGUGGCAUGUUUGGCAGCUACUGAAUAGCUGUGAAACAGAUUGUGGAUAAGUGGAACCUGCAACAAACUGUCGCUGUGCUGAGUGCUUUUGUUCAAGGUGCCGGACAGCCCCUUUCCCAGCGCACUCCAUUCCAUUUCCCAAACCCAGUUUCCCAUAUCCCCCACCAGCAACAGCCAAUCAGCAUGCUGUGCCUGCUGACCACAAUCAGUCCUCACUGGGAUGUUCUGGAGGCUAUCACCCCACUGGCAAGGGUUACCUGUCAGUGUAGACUAUACUGUACAGGGUGGGCCACAGUGGUCUGACUGCGCAACCCAGUUUCCUGUGUUUCAUCCUUGCACAUGACUCUGUGGGGGCUAUCACUCAGAUAGCAAGUUUGCUAUUAUCAUUCAUCAGUAGUAGUAGUAGUACAGUCAUACCUCGGGUUACAGAUGCUUCGGGUUGUGCAAUUUCGGGUUGCACACCGCACUGAACCUGGAAGGACCAGAACAGGUUACUUCCAGGUUUCGGCACAUGGUUUUCUCUCCCCAUAUUAGUCUUUGUGGCUAACCACAACAUUGUGGUUACACAAAUAAUACAGUGCUUUUAGGAACGUCAUUAUGGAGUUUGAGGCUAUGGAAAACUAUGCAUCUGCAAGUUGUUCUGAUGUCUAGACUUAAAAGGGAUAAUGAAAACACAGGGCGAGGGAGAGCCAGGAAGAAGUUAUGUAAUAAAAGAUGCUGAUUUGGUUACCUUAUCAUAAAGUAGAUUAAUGGCUGUGGGGGCAAUAAAUAAAUGCUCUCAUAGGGAAAGAAAAAAGUAGGCAAUGCAGGGGGUUAUUAAAUCAAGCCAAGGUAAGCAUUAUAAUGAUUAUAGCAAUGAAUAGCUUGAAAUAAAGGACACUGGGGUUUUUUUAAACUUGCAAGAGCAUUUAUCUUUUGGAAGAGACUGCCAAGAUGGUGGAUUCUCCCCACCCCCUUGCAACCUUUGCAUAAUCAAGGGCUUUGUGAUGAUUGCGGAAACAUGUUUAUAUACAAGCUCAUUACAUCUUGUUGAAUAACAGCUGGAAAACUUUGGACCUCUUCAGUAGCCUACUUUUUUACAAUAUUACUUUAAGUUGUGUUUAUAUGACUCUUACUACGUUUGGGUCACUGUAGCCUCAGAUGUUAUCUAUCCCAAAAUUCCAGAAUUUCAUUCUCUCACAAGAUAGUUCGCAAUAUUCAUCCAGGGAAUCACAAUCACAUAGAUGUUGAGACUAUGUGUUUAGAGCUGUGGUAAAGAUUUUAUUUCUGAGAGUAACUAGUAGUUUUUGCUCCCCUUUUCUGCUCAUCCUUAUUUUUCUUCUUCUGCCUGUCUGCACUUGUUGUCUUCAUCUCUCUCUCUCUCUCUCUCUCUCUCUCUCUCUCACACACACACACACACACACACACAACCCUUGAACCUCACCAUAGCAUGACGUGGAGGCAAACUUGAUUAUGUUGUUUCACUGAGAUGAUACUGAUUUCUCUCAUCCCACCACAAGGAGUGUGGGGUUCCUGUGACUGCACGAGAAAGAGCUUAACACCAGCACCACACAGCCACGCUAUAUGGGAAUAAUUUGAAUGACACACACUCAUUCCUCUGUAUCAAAUGACCACUCACUUUUAUUAGCAUUGGUGUCAUCUGAGCCCUUCUACAGGCUGUGCACAGUGGGAGGAAAUUCUAUUAUCAGUGUUUUUAUCCACUAGCCAGUUCCAGAUGGCACUGAAGAAAUGAAAUAGGAGGAUUUUGUAGUCCUUAAUGGUCUUCCCCUAGGGCAAAUUAUCUCUUAAUAAAAACAGCCUCCCAUUCUUCCUUUUUAAAAUGAAAUCUGGCGUGCUGUUUCUCAACUUCCUACUUCCCCAAGGGGUAGCUUAGAUUGGGAUGUGAAGAGGACAUGUUCCCCUUAGCACAGCUGCAAACAGCUGGCCCACGCAUGUGUUUCCCUAAAAGAGUUUAAAUCCACAACGCAUUUGCCCUGCUGCAACUCUGUUGACUCUGGAGCACGACAAUCUUGAUGCUUUAUUUAGCACUUGGCAUUGUUUUUUAAGCACACAAGGGGAGAGCUGGAGGGCACAGGUUUUCACUGCAGGCUUAAAAGUCUAUCGAAAAAGAAGCUUUCAUAGUCUUCCUCAACAAACCAAUUUGGCAUGUUUGUGAUGAGGGGGAGUUUUUUUCCCAAUUGUAGGGACCCAACAAAUAGCCCCUGUUGCCAUUAUGGACCAACCUCACCCUUUUAUGAUGAGGGCACCCUCAGAAACAGUAGGGAGGUGCACAUGGAAGAAAGCAUCCCCUCAAAUAUCCAAGACCCAGCCCUUGUAGGGUUUGAAAGAUUAAAACUAGCACCUUGAGGUUAGCCUGGAAACUACCCUGGGGAGAGGGAAGUAAUGGCAUAAUGGAAUCCACAUGGUUAGCCUUUUGGGAGACAAAACCAGUGACAUGUUCCAGCUCUGCUACAUUGAUGAGAGAAGCCUCUGGACAGCUCUUUCCAUGCAUCAACAACUAUUGAUCCACAAAAUGAAAGCAAUAAUCAAUGUUCUGUACUAUAAAAUAAAUAAGACAUUAUUGUAAUGAUAAAAAUUUAAAAAAAAAAAUCUUACCUGUACUGAUUUUAGUCAUUGUUUGGAUGGGGGGCUUUUAUACAUUUCCGCAGUCACACAAUCAAUCAAUCAUAAAAUGAAAAACAAGCCACAGAUGAAAAAAUGAAAAAGCCACACAAACAAAAACGCAAAAACUAGCAAAAGCACCAAAUAUCACCUCAGAACACUGCAAUCAGAAACAGAAGGCUUUAAUUAUGAUGGGGGGGUGGCUUAAAUUUGCUUCUUAUGGGUAAAACAGGAGAAAAUAAGCCUUAAUUACUAUGCGCGGCACUCAAAUUUGCUGUGCAACAGGAAAAACGGAAGCUCAGGCUUCUGGGGCAAAGUUCGAAAACCGGAAUACCUACUUCUGGGUUUGUAGCGUUCUGGUUCUUAGUUGUUCAGGAACUUCGCUGUUCGAAAACUGAGGUACCACUAUAAUAUUGUUCACCUGCUUUAGGACCCGUGAGGCUUGCAGGAGACUGUUGGUUCAAACUCGUGUAACUCUUAACUGAACAUUAUCCUGACUCAGUUAAGGACUGGGCACUGAGUUAGUCUAGCAUUUAUUGAGGGCAGAGGGCCUAUCCAGCUUGUAGCACUCCUCUUACUGUUUAAUUCCAUCUUGCUGGGUUGCCUUCUCUUUUCAAGUGUGUGACAGACCUUUCUGCAAGCCCAGCUCCCUGCUCUGUUCUGGAUGACAAUGUUAAUCUACAAGCUAUUUUCAGGUUUUCCUGAGCUCUGUUGGUUGUCUGUCAUCUUUUUCCUUUCCUUUCCUUUCCUUUCCUUUUUUCUUUUUUGAGACAGUUUGAAUUACUGGGAAGAAGCCGAGGUAAUUUGCACUGCCCCUAGCCUGUGGCACCAUGUGGUUGAGCUUCUGCCAUCACCAUACAAAUUCAGUGUACCUAUCUGCCUUAAACAACUGGAAACUUUAGAAAACACAUGGUUAGCCUUUUUCAUUGUGGCUGUAUCUUCUUCCCUCUCCCCGUCCCCGUUGCAGAUUGCCAAAGAUAUCACACAGUUCUACGACCAAGCGGUACUCCAAGCAAAGUCAAGUGACGCUGAGAAAGCAAACAAGGCAAAGGCAGUUGUGAAAACCUUCCACGAAACAGUAAGCUGGAUGCACAAUUUGUUGGAAAUCAAAAUUGACCUUCCAUCCACAGGCAUGUAGUUGGCAUCAUUGUCGUUCAAAGAAGUGCCCAGGGAGUAUAUAAUUUGGAACACUGCUAUUGUCCCUGUAAAACAAGCCCUCGCUGAAUUUAAGAGGCUCUUCCCCCUUGACCAUUCAAGCACUUCGGGUGUCCCCAAGAGGGAUUGUUGAGACCAGUGAGCAGGAUGCAAGAAAGAUAGCAGACAUUUUAAGUGGCUAAAUAAAACCAAAAGGGGUUGACAUGGGAACAUUAUGUGUUCAGGUUUGCCAUCUCCCCCUCAACCAGGAAUGGCAAGAACUGAAAUUCCGUAUGACAGAUCCCAUUGUGCUUUUCAUUGGAAAGCACCAGUGAUAUGGUGUGUGGUCUGCUUAUAAAGAGAAAAGAUAAACCAACACCUGCAUGUCUCCAUAUUAUAUAAUAAUAGCUCUUAAAUGAGAGGUGGCUACCCCUGCAAAGGUUCAAAGAAGAUCGUUGUCUAGUAUAAGGUGCCACCUUCCAGCCCAUUUUUCAGAUUCUUUCCAGACUUCCAGCUCAGACCUUUUCCUUCCUGCUCGGAGUUUCCCUGUUAGAAUGCUCACUCCAAUCCAUUUCUCUGCUUACAGCUAAAAUGCUGUGGUGGAAGCGCCCUGGAAAGUGCAUUCAACAUUCUUCAACCUGAUCUCUGUAGUCAAAGUGUGACUUCAGCAUUUACGCAGGUAAGGAAGUGUUUGUGUGAUACACCCAUUGUCUUCAGUGAAUGGGCCUUUCAUCUCUGGCAAGACUUCAGUUGAUUGGGAGUGGGGGAGGGGAAUAAUUCACCAUGUUGAGCUUGCAAUAUGAAGUACAGCUUUAGGGUUGUUUCUGCACAGGACUUUCAUUAAGCCUAAGGUAUAUAAAUGGAUCUGUGGCACUCUGUGUCAUGUUUGUUUAAGUGCGUAAGGUAGCUUUCUGUAGUAGAAAGGAAGUUUGAACUGUUUUAAGUAUCUUGCAGUGUUAGGGGUGCAACUGGGACGCAUGGCCCCAUGUGUUGAAAGUGUGCAUAGAAUGGGUUGAACAUCCCUAAUAAUAUGUGUUGGUUUUGAUUAGAUGUCCAUCAGUUAAUGGCUUACUACAGUAUUAUAGCCUACAGGGCAGGUUUUUUGUGUUUUGUUUUUUGACUGCAACAGGUAGGUCGAAAGCUGUUUUGGGAGGCUAUUAAAUUAUUAUAGACAGCAGUUUGGGCUUUUGUACAAAGAGCAUCAGGAGGUGCCAUAUUAUGCUUAGGCCACACUCAUCCUUCUGCUAACCUUGGAUUGAGAUAAAUGAAUUGAUUGAAUGGCCUUAGCUCUGUGUUUAGUUUUCCUGAUGGUCACACAUAAUGGCAAAAUACUAUGCUCACAUAACAGGAUGUUUACUUGUUCCAUCCAUUAUUGGUAUUGAGGCCUGUGCUUUAUAAUAUGUCCAUAAACGAUUAGGGGUGAUCAGUGAAGUAGCCAAGUUUGGUGGUGAUACUGAAUUGUUCAGGGUCAUUAAACCAAAAAGUGAUUGCAAAGAGCUCCAAGCAGAUCUCGCCAGACUCAGCAAAUGGGCAGCAAAAUGGCAAAUGCAAUUCAGUGUAAACAAGUGUAAUGCAUGUCAGGGCAAAAAUAAAUAAAUCUUAAUUUCACAUGCAGUCGUACCUUGGUUGUUGAACGGAAUCCAUUCCGGAAGUCCAUUCGACUUCGGAAAAUGUUCAGCAACCAAGGCACGGCUUCCGACUGACUGCAGGAGCUUCCUGCACUCAAUCGGAAGCCGCGUCAGAUGUUUGGGUUCCAAAAAAGUUCACAAACCGGAACACUCACUUCUGGGUUUGCAGAAUUCGGGAGCCAAAACGGACGAGUACCAAGGUGUUCAACAACCAAGGUACGACUGUAUAUGCUCUGAACUGACGGUGACUGACAGUGUGUGGCAGCUGGGGGGGAAGCAAAUCCCAUGCUAGGGAUCGUUAAGAAAGGAAUUGAGAAUAAAACUGUGGAUAUCAUAAUGUCAUUAUACAAAUCUGUGCUGUGACUGCAUCUGAUUGACCAUUGUGAGGAUGCUGAAUUAGAUGAGCCAUUGGCGUCAUCCAGAAGACUCAUUAUAUUAUUCUGUUCAUUUUACCACAGGAUCUAAGCUGUCACAGUAAAAUUGAUGAGCUGUUCUCUGGAAAACUGUACUUGAUUGGCAUUGCCGCCAUUGUGGUGGCUGUGAUCAUGGUAAGUGCUGGAGUUGUUAUGGUGGCAGUGGCUGUGGGUUUGUGGAAUAUGGGAUACUCCCAGAGGGCCUGUGGAGGUGCCAUCCAUGCAACAGCUGUGGGCAGUAUGUUGAUGGACCUCUAGGUCAGUUUAGAAUGAUUGACAGCUUCUCCUCAUUCUCUCCUUGCAGAGCAGGGGCAAGAUGCAGCUUUCCCAGAAAUAGACUGUGUUUUCCUUAGCCUGCAAUGCUUUUCUGGAUAGCAAGGGAGGAAGAGAAGCUUCUAAGCCACUCUGUUCCCUAAAUCAGAGCUGGAGAAUGUCCCUUAUCCCUCUACCCUCCCAAAGAAGAUGAAGGAUCAUUUUAAGAUUCAAGUCUUCCUAUUUUUCUCUCUCUCUUCUUUAAAGGCUGUUUCGAUUUUGCCCAGUGGAAGCUAAGCUCAGCAGAAUAUCGUUUCCAAGUAGAAUUACGUUUCAAUCACUUUAUCAAGAAAAUUAUCUGAUGAUGAUAUAAUAGAAUCAUAGAGUUGGAAGAGACCACAAGGGCUAUUGAGUCCAACCCCCUGCCAAGCAGGAAACACCAUCAGAGCACUCCUGACAUAUGGUUGUCAAGCCUCUGCUUAAAGACCUCCAAAGAAGGAGACUCCACCACACUCCUUGGCAGCAAAUUCCACUGUCAAACAGCUCUUACUGUCAGGAAGUUCUUCCUAAUGUUUAGGUGGAAUCUUCUUUCUUGUAGUUUGGAUCCAUUGCUCCGUGUCCGCUUCUCUGGAGCAGCAGAAAACAACCUUUCUCCCUCCUCUAUGUGACAUCCUUUUAUAUAUUUGAACAUGGCUAUCAUAUCACCCCUUAACCUCCUCUUCUCCAGGCUAAACAUGCCCAGCUCCCUUAGCCGUUCCUCAUAAGGCAUCGUUUCCAGGCCUUUGACUAUUUUGGUUGCCCUCCUCUGGACACGUUCCAGUUUGUCUAAUAGGAUAUGAUGACAUUAUAUUAUUAUUAUAAAGUGCAUAUAAAAUAUUUAUAUAUAGCCCACCUUUUUCCGUGACGGGACUCAAGAAUAAAAAGACUGGCUAAAAACCUACCAACUUCUUAUCAUUCAAUGUGAGGGAAAACAGAAGCUCAGAGAAAUAUGGAGGAGGAGCAGAAUUCCACCUAGAACUAAAAAGUUCGUUUUGUACUCUUUGCUCCUGAAAGCCUCGAAAAUGCAGACUGGGUUUUAAUGUUAACUCUCUCUUUUUUUCCAACUUCAACAGCAACAAAGCAAACCGUCUUAAAUUAAAACCCAUCUCUGCCUGCAUUAGCAGAACUGGUUUUCUCUUCGGCUUCUUGCCAUUCUGAAUAGAAGUGGAGGUCUUGCCUACGGUUAACUUAGCCUAGGGACAUAGCUUAUGUUUGAGUUGGAUUCUCUCUAAUGUUCUCUCUUGGCCUGCAGAUCUUUGAGAUGAUCCUGAGCAUGGUGUUGUGCUGCGGCAUCCGAAACAGCUCGGUCUAUUGAGAAGCGGGAGGGCAGAGGCGAAGCAAUGGUGCCGAAGGGACCCCAAAGUGCCGCUGUCUGACCAGGAGAUACUUCCAACAAAAGACAAAGAAAAUUAUGUAUAUAAAUAUUUCAGAUAUUACCAUACAGUACUUAUCAUUCUUACUUGGAAAGUCUUCUUUUUGUUUAAGGGUGGUGGGAGGGGGAGUUUCUGUAUAUUUGUGGCGGAGUUAGUUACACAUCAGUUUGCGUGGUAAAUCAUUCCAGUGGUUCCAGGCCUUUAUCAAAGAGAGCCUUUCUUUUUCUUCUCUUUCCUCGUCAUUCUUCUUAUGCUGCCAACAUGGAAAAAGAGGGUAUCAUGCACAGGUGCCACCCCUUUUAUGAGGAAUAUAGACACUUGGUGCAUCCUUAUUCUCUGAAAGUGAUUUAAAAAAAAACAUACUGAAACCCUUGUUGGCACCUAAUCCCAGCACGUCCCCCUUAACAAUCUCUUAUCGUAGUUCAUAAGUAAUCUUGGACACAUUCUCUAAAUCUUUUGAGUGUGUAGGGAUGCAAGAGUCCCUUGGCAUGAAGAUGCACUCAGUCCUGCCGUUUUGUUAUUAGACAGGUGAGUGCGUCUGUAUUUCAGAUUGCCACCUUUUCACUGAAGAGUGGAGAGACCUUUUUUUCAUAAAUUGUCGUAAGUCAAAAGUCCGUUGUGUCUCCCAGAGUUCACAAAGUAGCUGUGAUUGAAGGCCAAAUCUCCAUAAGUCCUCUUAAAAAUUUAGAAUCGGGAGCAUUUUUUUUUAAAUAACCCAUUGAAAAAAAUAUCUUAGCAGGUGGAUUUUAGAUGAAAGAGAGAAUUGAAUAGGUCUGGUAAUGGAAUGUUAAAGCUUUCUAUAUCUCACUGCGAAAACUGAACUUGCACAUGUGCUUACAUGGUUAAUUCUGAAUGCAAAUGUUGAAUGAGGUCUCUUAUUUCAUAAAUGUGCAGUUUUCUAAUGAUGCCAAAAAGUAUCUGUGGAAGGCGAUCUCUUAAACAAUGGCUAGAAACCUGUUCAUUUAAAUAUAUAGGGGUUUUUUUGUUUUAAGAAGGCACCUAUUCUUGUGCCUUUUUAAAACUUGGUAAUAGAGCUGGAUAACCAACAAGGUGUGUGUGACCCUGUGAGUAGAAAUUGGAAGAUGUUUUCCUCUUCAAACACCAGAAGUAAAACCUGAGUGAUGGGGCCUAAAUACUUUUCAAGCAAAGCUGGUUUCCAGGACUUCACCCUUGCCAACAACACCUGAGCUGCAAACAUAAAGCCACGCGUGUUUCUUUUCAGUUGACAACUCAGAUAGCUGAGUUUAGGCACCCCCUUCCCUUCCCUUCCCUUCCCUUCCCUCCCUUCUCCCCCCCCCCCAAAAAAAUCCUUUUUUUCAAGUUGCAACUUAAAAUUUGUUACAGCUGGGGCAAGAAGUCCCACCGACCUUUUCCUUACGACAGAGUGGCCAUGUUCACAGGGCUUAUUUGUUAUUUCAGUAGUUAGUUAAUCCUUCGUUAUAGAAAACAGUCACAAACAAGCCCUGUGCUAUCACCCCACUUAAUAGUUUGACUUCUGUUCUGUUUGUUCUUGAAGGAGUAAUUUAAUCCCGGUUUCCCCCUGCUGAUCUUCCCAACUUGCAGUGAAUGCCAGGAUGCCCUUUAGAACAGCAGGGGACAGCAUGAACGAAAGAGAGAGAGGCGCGCACACAAUGCUGCAGAUAUAAUCUUCCAACACUAGUUGGAAUGCUUUUAGUGCACAGCUAGAAGCACUGCUGGGCUUGAAUGGUCCACUCAGCACUAGGCGCAGAUCCUUUUUCUGAAUUCAGCAAUUAGAGCAACCCAGAGGUUCAGUGCAAAUCCAGCCUUGCGUUAAGCAAGGCAGGUCAGAAAACAGGAUGAAAAGGAAUGUUUGGUCAAGGUUCUCGCCCAGCCGCCACCCUUUUCCCCCUAUGGCGCCCUAAGGAAGCAAUGCCUCAGAGUCUUGAAAGAUGCAGUUGAGGGGACUGGUUGAGAUCUUUUAGCCUUAGAAAUAGCCUUAAAGCAACACUGCCCUGAAUGUCAAACUUUGCAUGCACUGGAAACAGAAAUUGAACCUUACCACCCAUCCUUCACAGGUUUUGGGGUCACGUGUUCCAGUAUAAUAGGCUCUGUCUGCAACUUCUAGGUAUCAAUUGUGCAUGUACAUUUAUUUACAUAUAAUAUAUAUGCGCGCAUUGGGGUUACCAGCGUACAGAAUGGAUGUUUGUAACUCACUGCCUUUUGUUGAGUGUCCUUGAGAAAUGUAUAUAAAUACACCUCUAAGCAGUUUGCUUUUUCUAUACCAUAAGUUUGAUACUGUUCAGCAUUCAGUUUACAAUGUGCGAGCAGCCAUAACUCUGUGUUGGAAGAUUCGCUGACCUGUCCUCCAAGAACUGAGCAUGGAUCAAGCCCAUUUGGGGGAGGAAAUGUUUGCUUCAGGCACAGGUCAUGUUGCAAUACCGUGUCUGUGGAAGGUGGGUGCGGGAGGUUAUUGAGGAUCAUGCUGCCAUUGAAGUGCGACAGCAGGACAAGAGGGAGGAAUAAGUUUUCCGGAGCAUCCUUUGUGGGUAAGGCACAAGCUACAUGUUACGUGCAAGUGCAUUCAACAAUGCUUUGACACUGUAAUAUAAAGCAGCUUCAGGAGGGUGUGAUCUUAAGUGGAGUGGUAGAAAGGACAGAAGUGCUUUACAAGGAUAAGUACACAUCUGGAAUCCCAUGAACAUCUGAAAGCCAAAGGGGGGUGGGCAGUGGACAAUGUACCAUAGUCUGAAGACUGUGUUUUACAACUGUUUCUGGAUUGUACUUCUACAGACCACAGGUAGGGGAUCUUACAACAGAGUGUUCUCCCAAAUUUCAAAAAAAUAAUGAAAAUUGUUUCUUUGCAUACAAAAAGCCUGAUGUUGGGAAGAGGGUUCUAUAUUAGGCUUCUCCCCAGCAUGGCGGUAGUUCUGUAUGUAGAGCUUAUUUCUUUCUACGACAGAGUGCUGUCUGAAAUGGUACAGUCCUCAAUAAGUUUGUAUCACAUAAUUUGCUGUUUCUGCAAAACUAUAGAAGUAUGGCCACUUUUCAGUGCCAGGCAAAGCAGGAUAUGUUCUUGUUUCCCUUUUCCUGUCUGCAAUGCACUGAGGGACUAGCAAGAGAGGGACGAGGGUAGCUGCAGCAUUCCAAGGUAGGCUUAAAAUAACCCCCAUGCCGUUGAUUGGGGUUUGCUUUAAGUAGAGACUGGUGGGGUGGAGAAUCUCGCCUCCAAUAUGGCUCUAGUAUUUAAAAGGUGGAGACCCAGGCAAGAGAAGCCCAUUCCUAAUGCGAGGUGAAAGAGAGCUGACAUGUAGAUGCUCCUGUGCAAAGCAUUGUACCGUUACAUCUGACAACGUAUUCGCACAAUGCUAUGUGAAGAGUUGUUCUCCCAACGAUUUUUGUGGCUGGAUCUGAGAAGCCUCUUGAUUGGUUGUAGUUCCCCAGAGAACAUCAAUUGACUGGGUUAGGUUUGGGAGUAUGGAUGUGUCCAAAACAUUAAUUUUUGAUGGUUGCUGUUUCUUGGAAGAUCAUAUGGCAAAUAACUCUCUCUUCUAAGCCAAAAGAGGAGGAUAACAUUCCCCCUUUCUCUUUGCUGGAUUUGUUUGAAUUAAACAGGGCCAUGAUGGAGACCAUAGGGAAAGGCCAAACAGAACUGCUGGCCACGUUGUGCUGAAUGCUUGGGCUUCUUUUUUUAUACUGUGGAGCAUGCCACAAGCUAUAUGUGUGUUAACUACUAUUUUUUCCUCUCUGCCUUCUUUGUCACUUUUGAAAUUUUUUAAUAAACAUUUUCUCCUGGUGUGUACUGUGUGAUGAAGCCCUAUGUUCCUUACAGCCAGUAAGUAAAUUGUGACAUCUGAAUGUUUUGCCCAUCUUGUCUCCAUAGCAUUGGCAAAACCAGCCAUGGGAAUGGGGAACAAAUGGGGGCUGGCGAAGAAGCCAAGGGAAGAGUGACCUCACCCUUACCAACUGCAGGGCUUAUUGGCCAGUUGAAUCUUACUCUGUUUAGAAGAAAGCCAUGAGGAAACUGUCAGUUCCAAAACGAGGCUUAAUUGAGGGGGAUAAAAUCGGCUUCUGAUAUGCAGCAUGAACUAUCCCAAAACUAUCUGUUAGGCCAACAGAACAGGCAGUGGUCAGUCCAAAGGGCUGGCUGCCAUUGUCCAGAUCCUGCUACAGGUUGCAGCAAACCCAAGAACAAGAGACAGUAUGCAAGCUUUGCCUCUUGUUGGUUACAACAAACAGCCUGGCCUUUGCACUUAGUUGCCUCUAGAAAUGUGGAACAAGGGAUACAUUGGGGAGAAUGACAGCCCCUCCCCAGCUCAACCCCUUGGCUGUGCUUCUGCCCAGAAAUCAUGUCCACUUGCUGUUGUCUUGCUUGUUUAUCUGAAUGUUAAAAUAAUCUGUCGAAAUAACUUUUUAAAAAAAUGAUAUAUGAAAACAAUUAAACAGCAGAAACGUCAGCGG